AUGACUGUAAGAAGACACUCCGUUCUCUUAGAACUGGUGCUAGAACAAGGUGAGAGAUCUACCAUCGUUUCCGAGUGGGAGCAGUAUGUAUACAGUUAUUCUUUGAUAGAUUAAACAAGUUAGAAUAAUACAUUCGUAAAAAGUUUUCUUACUGCAUCUCAUUACAUUACAAAGAGAAUAAUAAUAAAAUAGCAAUAAUGAAAAUUCCUAUGAAAAAGUAAACAUUGUUCUUUUUAUGGCUUUUAUUUUAAUUUGUAUACCUAAUUUAACAGCAGAUCUAUCAGGGAUAACCAAUCAAAUCUGUUACGUGUUGCUUUCCGUAUGAUACGCUUCUUGCUAUAUGCUGUUUUAUGCACUGUUUUAAGGUUGUUAUCUCAGUGCGUAGUAUUUAAAAUUAUAGGUUUCACCUUCUGGUAUUUCUGGUAUUCAAAUUGAUACCUGGCUUCACUUCCUAUUUAACUUGAGGUCAACCAACAGUCACGUUAGCUCACAGAGCUUUUUAAAAUGGUCAGUCUUAUAUAGUACCUACCCUGUAACUUUAAAAUGGUUUUACAACAAAUAAACAAAAGAAAAACAACACAAUAUAGCUAGAUUUUGAGAAAGAUCUCAAAAUAAAAAAACAAACCAAAACAUAACAGAUCUACUUUAAAAGACUUAUUGGAAAUAUACUAUGCUAAAAUGACAUUAAUAUUCAAUACUAGUUUCUUAUCUUUAAAGGACCACUAUAGUGCCAGGAAAACAUACUCGUUUUCCUGGCACUAUAGUGCCCUGAGGGUGUCCCCACCCUCAGGGUCCCACUCCCGUGGCGCUGAAGGUAGAGGAAGGGGUUAAUCCCUUACCUUUUUUCCAGAGCCGGGCUCCCUCAGCGCUGGGACUCUCCUCCCUCUUCUGAUGUCCCUGACUGAAUGAAAAUCAUAGUGAGAAGCGCGGAAGCACCUCUAGCGGCUGUCAAUGAGACAGCCACUAGAGGCUGGAUUAACCUUAAAGUAAACAUAGCAGUUUCUCCGAAACUGCUAUGUUUACAGCAGAAAGGGUUAAACCUAGCUGGACCUGGCACCCAGACCACUUCAUUAAGCUGAAGUGGUCUGGGUGCCUAUAGUGGUUCUUUAACCCGUAAGGACACGUGACAUGUGUGACAUGUCAUGAUUCCCUUUUAUUCCAGAAGUUUGGUCCUUAAGGGGUUAAACAAGCUAUUGUGCACAUACACUUGUACUAGGUUUUGCAAUUUCCCAGUUUUGUUUCGGUGUGGAGACCGAUAAGAUCUGAACACCAAGCAUGACUUUUGAAAACACUGGUCUAUCUGUGAUCUAUCUUAUCUGUCUCAUCGUCUAAUUCUAAUUGAUCUGAUGCCAUAAAAUCUACUUAUGUUUGGUCAACGUAGAAUAAACUAUUUUGCUUCUUGAAAACAUUGUGACCAAAUAUUUCACAGAAUAUUGAAAGUCACAAAAUAAAAGAAUAUUAGACCACGGUUCUAAUGAAAUAUCAGAUGUUUUAAUUUAAAAUUUAAUUUAAAAUUACUCAUGUUAUCUCAAUAAAAAAUAAAAUAUAAUAUCUGUAUUUGAGUAUUAGUGAGAUAUUUUAUCUGAUAACCCGAGAAGCUAUCCUAUUUAUGAAUAAUAUUUUUCAGAUUAAUUUGUUGGUGUUUCUAGCGUUUACUGAAAGACUAUCAGAUAAAGUAUACCUGUGUAUGUUUGGAUUGGGAGUCUUUGAUUUUUAAGUGGUAGCGUAAGGUUCUCCUAUUGGAUUAAGGCCAAUACUAAUUUGUUUUAGAUCCAAAGAUUACAUGGGAAAAAUGCCUAGAUUGAAAGUCCAAGGUUUUGUAAGGGAUUAUAUAUGGCUUCUCUGAUUUCUGAUUUCACCUUGAUGGUGAAACCGAGGGAGGAAAGGGCGGGAGUAGAACACAAUGAAACAGUGAGGCUGUAAGAAGUUAAAAAAGGAAAAGUAUGUUCUAUGUAUUUUAAGAAUCAAAUCCCAGUGGAGGAAAACAGGCCGAUUGCUUGUAACAUUUGGCUGAAGAAGUGGGGACUUGGGUGCUUAUUUAUUACUAAAUGGAUAUUUAUCAAAUUAAGUUAUCCUUUGAACAUUACUACAAUUAGUCACCGGUUUCAGGGAAUUCCUUAAAGAGCAUUGACAUUUUUAAGCUAAUGAAUGCUUAAAAAUAAAAUCACAGAAACACACAAAAAAAAAACCAAAUAGAGAUUUUCUGAUAAACAAAGUACACUUGUGGGAUUAUUUUCAUGUUAAAAAAAUAGAUCCUGUAUUUAAUGUUAUCUCUAUAAUGUAAUAAUGGCAGGCAGAAACAUGUAAUUAAAGACAAAAUGAACUAUCUAUGAUCUAUUGAGUUAUAAUUAAUUUUUUUGACAGUGACAUAUUUUAUAAGUAUUGGUGGACGGUUUACUUUACUUUUUGUAAAUUAAACUAAAGUAUUUCUUAAGGUUCUCACCAAUUAAUUUAAAGCCGAAGUGGCUGCAUUAUUAGCAUUGCUAGCAAUUGUUUCGGUUCAAAUAAAAUUCCAGGUGGAUUGCCAAAUUCAGCAGUUUGUAAGUGUCUGAAUUUUCAAAUUCCUAUACAACGAAAUGAACUAAAAACAAAUAAUUUCAGAACAAAUUGAUCCAAAAUUUUCUGGAUCCAUUCAUUUUAAGAAUGAUAGCAAAUUAGGGACUUGUCUAUUAAGUAACUAAAACUGCAAAAUUAAAAAUAUGGCUUUUUUUGCUCUAUUAGCUGUUAAAUAGAUAUCUCCCUAAUUAUGUAUCCUUGGGCGGGAUUGCCAUUACUAUGGCUAUUAAGAGGAAAAAAAUAAUUGUUUUGGAACAAAUCAAAUUAGCUGAACCAAAUUAUUCUGCUGUGCAAAAGUCUACAAGAGAUCAUAUCACAGUUUUUCUGUAAUAUCAUGUUCUGUUAACGUGUCUAUAUUACAUUUACUUUUUAUGGCCAUAUUUUCCAAGCUGCAACAGUAGAAUGCCAGUGGCCUGAACUUACAUUGCUACUUAAUCCAUCAAGUAAAUAAGAAACCGUUUCAUAAAUUGUGUAUUGUGCUAAGAUAGAGGCAUAGCAAGCUGUUUUAAAGAGACAUUAUAGUAACCAGAACCACUACAACUUUAAGAUGAAAGGCAGGUUUAACAAUGUUUAGAGUGUCACUUAGACAGCCACUAGAAAGACUUCCUGGAUGAGGUCCUGCAAUCUUUGUAGAACCUACAUUCAGCAUCUCCACGCGCUGCAUGGAGAUACUGAAUGCUCACGAUAGUGAUGCAUUGAUUCAAUGCUACGCUAUAAGAAGAUGCUGAUUUUCACAGAGUGGAAAUUUUCACACAUUCGCUCGAACCUAAAAAUGGUUCCCUGUGGGGAAGCAUUUGAUUUGCUGAGAUCAUCAAGAUUGAUAGAGUGACUUUAACACAUUCUGCCACAGAUAGUUUUGCACCUUUAUAAAAAAAAGUUUUUUAGGGGUAUUAUUUUCUGCUUUGGGUUUUUUGUCUGUUGCGUCCUUAGCAUUCUAUCCAUGAAUUUUUAAACUUAUGCCAUUUUUUUCAGCAACAUUUAAUUGCAAUAUUUGUAAAUCUUCCACAAAAAUUUCCAACAAAAAAAGUGUCCUGUCUUACUUGUGUUCUUCCCACCCUUCUAAAGAUUAAAAAAGAUUUUUCUGAAAAUAAAUGGUAGAAUUUAUGCCAAAAAAUCUGUUACGCUUUAGACCAUUUUGUAGUACAACAAAUAAAUAUGAUGGAACAAGAGACCAAAAAUAAAAGACACUUUUCAGAACAGUUUGAUAAAUCCCCACAAUGUUUCUAUGAUAUUCUUCCUUCUGAAUCUAAUGAGAGUGUGCUAAACUCUAAUUUUUAUAAUGUACUUGCUUUGUAGGAAACAGAAGCACCAGUCAAUAGAUUUCAACCAAGUUUAAUUCCCCUGGUUGAAAGGAGGAUACAGAAAAUCAAGUGCGGUAAGAAUUACAGUAAAUUUAUUGUGUAACCGUAUUAGUUACCACUAUGUACAUUAUGCUCCUUGUAUUAGAAAGUAAGUUAGAAAGUAAUUAGUUAGUUAGUAAGUUAUAAAGGUAAAAUAGAGUAUACUGCUUUGGAUAUCGGUUAAAAUAUACAACAGGGGAACAACAUGCACAGAAAAAGUAGUUUCACAUCUUAACAUCUUAAAAGACUAUGUUGUAGUUUACUCAAGAGAAAAGUAGGGAUUUUGUUACACCGCAUGGCCAUACCAUGACACAGUACCCCAAAAUCAGUGGGUCUUACACUUGUUUUGUCAUAGAAAAACGCACACUUUCUGCAAAAAGCACUGCUUUAAAGGGACACUCCAGGCACCCAGGCCACUUCUGCCCAUUGGAGUGGUAUGGGUGUCAACUCCCACUACCCUACUAGACAGCCACUGGAGGACACUUCCAUGUUUAUAGAACACGAAAAAUGUGUUAUAACGGUGCUGGACGUCCUCACGCCUCAUGUGAGGAUCUCCAGCGUCGCCAAAAUCCCCAUAGGAAGGCAUUGAAAGCAUUAUUCAAUGCUUUCCUAUGGGGAGGUCUAUUGUGCAUGCGCGGCAUUGCCUCCCCAUAGGUCUCCCCUGCCGCCGGCCACGCAUGCACAAUAGGUCUCCCCCGCAGGCUGACGAGGGACAUCAGCGCUGGAUACAGGUAAGUCACUGAAGGGGUUUUAACCCAUACAAAAACUUGGGAUGGGGGUGGGAGGGAGAGCAGCACAUUGAAGAUCAUACUCUACUACAAUAGUCCAAACCAGCCUUCAGUGACUUCUAAUGAGGAACCUGGAUGGUAGGGUGGGAUCCAUUGACUCAUAAAAUUACAAAAUGGAGGAAGAAGUGGGAAAUUAAAUCACAUUCACUAUAGUUCACAUAUAGGUUAUGUCUCUACCCCAGCAAAGAACCAGCGUAGAUAAAAAAACGAUAUUACUCACUGUUCAAGACAUCCAGAGUUCCUCUGUGCUGGUUCCUCAACAUAACCAGUAGAACUAAACAGGAAACAAUGUUCCAGAUCACACUGCGAAGGAUCCAAAUAAAUUCACAGGAACCAUUAAUAUAGGGAAAAUGUAUAAUGGUAAAAAAAAUAUUAGAUGGUGAUAUCUACACCAUGUUAAUUAUCAAACAUAUUUUUAAAAGAAACGUCAAUACAUCAAACAACAGAAUUAGGUGGGGACAGAAAAAAUAUAUAAAUAUUAACCUACUGUAGGAUAUCACAAUCUAAUAUUUUUAUACAGUAAUACAUUUUCCCUAUAUGGAUAAUUCUUGUGACUUUAGCUAGGACAUAUCUGCAUCCUUUGAAGGGUUGGCCAAAACCUCAGAUUUUGACUUAUUCUGAAAGUUUGUCCUGAAUAUCUAAUUGUGUGAUUUUUACUCAUCUCACGUUUCCCAAGUUCACCGGUAUAAGUAGCGUUCUAUUAAUUGUGCAACUAGUUUUAACCAGAUUGGAAUUUUAAGGUUAUCUUGUGUAUACAGAUGACCUGUUAUACGUAAAUCUGCUUGAUUUAACAAUAAUAAUACCCCAGAAUAUUCAGUGUGCAAUUAAUAGUGGAAGAUCUAACCUUUCAAUGAUUUUUAAGACCGGUGAGUAGGAAAUUCUGACUGUACUAAUUGCUGUAUAAAGUUAUUUAAUUAAAUUUUUUCAUGCGUGAUAUGACAUUAAACAUCUACUGUAAAUAUCCCCCCAUGUCAAUGUACUGUUAGUGAAAUCAUUUUGCCAUCAAACGGCGCAGUCAGGCGUUGUGUCCACACCUGCUUUACCAGGUGUUGUAAUAAAGCGAUCGACCUUUAGAGGAAUUUCUCCGAGCAUACUUAAAGAAUGUAAUAUGAUCUCCCUAAAUUGCACGGACAUAAGGUUUGUUGAUUUAUUGUCCGUUUGUGACAAUAACUUCAGGAACGUUUGCCGGCAACGUUACUCUUAUUCUUUUUGAGGUUGAUGGGGAGCAAGCUGAUAUUUUCUGUAAUUAAUUCAAAAGAAAAGCAUACUUGUUCAGGAUAGGUCAAAAAUCCAAAACCACUGAGUUAGUAAAACAAUCAUGAAUGCUUAACGUUAAAUUAAUCUCAUCAGUCAUCAUCAUCUAACAUUAAACAUCUAACAUUAGACAUUUGAGUGAUUUAGACUUUUGACUAACACACUGCUUCACCCUGAGUCUAAAGGUGAAAACCAAAGAAAAAGUCACCUGCGCACUUCCCAAAUCCCCAUGAAUAUUUAAAUAAAUGGAGGUUAUUUAGUUACUCCAAUGGCCAUUAGAUGCAUGCCCACCUGCCACGUCCAGGCAAACCUCUCAGGUGGGUCCUACACUAACUAUUCACCUUGCUUCCUUGAGCUUCAGGCAAAUAAAUCUCUAAUGAGACAGAAAGGGGUGUUUUUCUAAACCCCUACAUACAUAUUACCCCUUAAUCGGGAACACAUAGGGUGGGCGGCAGCACUGUAACAGAGCUGUGGGAUACAAAAGUGAAUACAAAUACACAAAAAUAAGUCCUGCACUCAAACUCCCAUCACUCCUGGGCGGCAGCAAUGACCAUAGUAUACAUCAGCCCCAAUACAUGCAGUAAAAACCAAAGAAAAGAGUUACACUUCCCAAAUCGAUAUGCAUAUUUAAAUAAAUGGAGGUUAUUUAGUAACUCCAAUGUGUCUAAAGGUAGAUAAACAAAUGAAAAUAGACAGAUAGGUAGAAAUACUACUUUAUUGUUAUAUUGACGGGAAAACCCCCACUUGUUAUUAUUAUGUAAUAUUGUAGCUGAAUUAGAAAUAAUUGUGUUACUUAUAUUUUUCUAAAAGUGGUUGAAAUACAGUCUACUUUGUAGUCAAUACCAGUCUAAGGUGUACUGUAAUAUACACCUUCACCUGAUGCUGAAUACUUUUUUUGUACAUAUCGAUGGAGUCUGUAAAGAUUAUAAACUUGAAAUCAAUGGAAACGCAAAACUUGGUUUGAAUUGAUUCAAGUGAGCACUUGACAAAAAUUUAGCUACUCCUAAACAAUCAGUCUGAUACUGAACACUAUGCUCAACAAAAUCUCAAACACAGUGUACACACAGGACAUGCAGACUAUAUAUACAUAGGACACGUUGAUUGUAUAUACAUAGGACACGUCGAUUGUAUAUACAUAGGGCACGUCAAUAGCAUAAACACAGGACACGUUGAUUGUAUAUACAUAGGGCACGUCAAUAGCAUAAACACAGGACACGUUGAUUGUAUAUACAUAGGGCACGUCAAUAGCAUAAACACAGGACACGUCAAUUGUAUAUACAUAGGGCACGUCAAUAGUAUAAACACAGGACACGUUGAUUGUAUAUACAUAGGGCACUUGAAUAGUAUAAACACAGGACACGUUGAUUGUAUAUACAUAGGGCACGUCAAUAGUAUAAACACAGGGCACGUUGAUUGUAUAUACAUAGGGCACGUCAAUAGCAUAAACACAGCACACGUUGAUUGUAUAUACAUAGGGCACGUCAAUAGCAUAAACACAGGACACGUCGAUUGUAUAUACAUAGGGCACGUCAAUAGUAUAAACACAGGACACGUUGAUUGUAUAUACAUAGGGCACAAUUGUUCAAAUCACCUACAUGUAUCACCCCAAAAAGUGCAUACUAUAAGAUGAAAGAGUGUAUCAAAUGAGAAAAUAAAUAUAAAACAUUUUUACAUACGUUCAUACUGUGGUGGCGUGCUAUUUGUGUUCUUUACCUACUUUAUUUGGGAUACAUUUUGACAUGUUGAGUGUUAUUUAUCUUAUUGUAUUAUCAACCACUCACGGGUUAAAAUUUAGAUCACUUGAACAAUCUAAUUAAUGAACUAAGCACAGAGCAGCAGUUUAAAUGUUCCAUUAAUAGCUGAUUUUACACUGGGCAGACUAGAUAGGCCGAACGGUUCUUAUCUGCCGUCAAAUUCUAUGUUUUUCCGAAUGAUAACUACUAAGUAACUCUCCCCCAAGUUCUCCCUAAAUCAGCUCGAGGAACAGUUCAUGUGUUGACUGGCAGCAGUGCCAAAUAAUUCCCCUCUCCAUAAUUAUGGCACUGUCAGUGUAAUGAUGUCACCAGAUUAUAGUAUGUUUGCACACUUUCUACAGAAGGUAAAAAAGUAAGGAAUGUGUAAAACAAAAUCUGUAAAUUUUACAGUAAUAUGUUCAAUUAAGACUGAUACACUUUUUAUAAUCCAACCUCCUUGAUAGGAAUAAUGUACUACUAAUAUUUAAAAUAUUCUGUUAUCCUGAAUGUGUUUCCCUUAGAGUCACUGCCGUGCUUCAAUGGAGGAGAAUGUAUACAAAAGAAAUUCUGUGACUGCAGCCGGUAUAAUGCGUCUGGGUCACGGUGUCAGAUAAGUGCGUUAUCUUCAUUUUUUUUAUAUCCUUUGCAGUAGAAGCUAAUCUGUUUUAAAUCUAUGUUCCAAUGUAAAUACCAUUUUUUUUUUGUUUUCAGUAUACAAUGUAGGUUCUGAGAGAGACAAUAUAUGCCGAACAUGGGGCCAAUAUCAUUUCGAAACAUUUGAUGGAGUAUAUUAUUUUUUCCCUGGAAAGUUUACAUAUGAUCUACUACGUCAAAAUGACCCUGAUGAGCAAAGUUUUUCAAUACAGGUAAACAAACAGAAACAUUGAUUAUUAGUAAUUUAUUUAUUUUUAUUUAGAAAGAGCAAACGGUACCAAUAAAAGAAAUAUCAACAUAGUGUGAUAUAUUAUCCCACCCCCCAAAAACCCAAAUAAUAAGAAAGUCACAAUGAAAUACAGCGGAUUUCAGUAAAACUAAUACCUCAAAAUAUAACAAUCACAAGAUGAAUCUAAAAGAUUGCACAAAAAUUAUAAAAUUAUGUGCCAGGUUGUAUCCUAUCUAUCUAUCUAUCUGUCUAUCUAUCUAUCUAUCAUUUUAUCUAUCCGUCUGUCUAUCCGUCCGUCUGUCCGUCCGUCUGUCCGUCCGUCCUUCUGUCCGUCCAUCCAUCUAUCUAUCUAUCUAUCUAUCUAUCUAUCUAUUUGUCUAUUUGUCUGUCUAUCUAUCCAUCCAUCGAUCCAUCCAUCUAUCUAUCUAUCUAUCUGUAAUUUUUAUAGAAUUACAGGACACAUCUCUAAAAUUAGAAAGGUGUGGUUGCAGAAAAAAACACUGACAACAAAACUUAAUUAAAGACAUAAAUACAAAACAACUAACAUUUACAGAUUUAUGCAGAUUUAUUAAUUUGCAAGAAAGGAAUAGAUUCAAUAAAUAUAAAGUUAUUCAAUUACAAGAAAGGAAUAGAUACCACUUUAGCACACAGAGAAAAAAAAUAUCUGCAACCUUUUUAUUAAAGGGACUCUCCAGUGCCGGGAAAACAUAUCCGUGUUCCUGGCACUGCAGGACCGUGCAGUGCCCCCCUCCCUCCCACCCCAAUCCCAUGUUGCUAAAGGUGUUAAAACCCCAUAGUGACUUACUUGAAUCCAGCGCCGAUGUCCCUCGGCGCUGUGUCAGGCUCCUCCCACUUUCCACGCAAUGGUCGCAGACGAGCAUUAGACCUCCCCUUAGGAAAGCAUUAUUCAAUGCUUUCCUAUGGGGAAUUCCGUCAACUCUAGAGGUCCUCAUGCAUAGCGUGAGGAUGUCCAGCGUCAUUUAAGACACUCUUCGUGUUCUAAGAAAAUGGUAGUCCCUCUAGUGGCUGUCUGAUAGACAGCCACUAGAGGAGCAAUUAACCCUGCAAAGUAAUUAUUGCAGUUUAUAAAAACUGCAAUAAUUACACUUGCAGGGUUAAGGGUGGUGGGAGUUGGGCAGAAGUGGACUGGGUGCCUGGAGUGUUCCUUUAACUAAAAAUAGAAAACACAACUAUUGUUCUUAAAUACAUUCCUUGGUUAUUACAUCCCCUGUUACCUUUUGCAGUAAUUUGUGCUCUAAAAACAAACUAAUUUUUGAUCCGUAGAGAGCUGGAAGACUUUCCAUUCCUGAUGUAGAGAACUAAAAAACAUUAAACAGAGACAGACGAAAAAAGGGAAUGAAUGGACCUUUCUAGCCAAAUGUUGUUUUUUAAUCAUUGUACUGAAAAACAAGUCUUCAAAAAUGAUCAGUUAUUAUUAUAAGUUCAAUGUUCUUGAACCUGAAUAAGUGAACGUACAUUGUUAGCAAGUUGCUACCAAGUAGAGAUCAAAUGUUAUCAGAUCAACAUCUGUUUGGUCUCCGGACCAGAUAUUGUAUUAUAUUUGGUGGUACUCAUCUCUAUCCAUUAUAAUAAAUUGUACUUAAAUGGCCUAAUGUUAAAGUUGAUUGACAUUGGCAUGUAAUAUGAUGUUCUUUAUCCCAGAACAAGACACAUUUUCAGAAGAUGAAGAUUUAGAUGAUAAUUUAAUACAUAAUUGUUGAGAUAUUUUUUCUUUUUGUUUGAACUGUCAUUUGUAAUAACCAUAAUUUUACUGUCAUAGACAAAGAUAUUCAUCAAAUUCUGGAACUCGUAGGUUUUUCCGUCCCUCUUCAACCAAAGGACAAUUACAUGUUUGAAUGCUACAAUGUUGGCAAUGCUUUUAACAGUUGUUCUUGACCUUUAGACCAUGAGAUAAUUGGCCCAUUCUUCAUUUGUAAUAUAGUUUAAUUCUAAAUACAUUUUGUGUAAAAAAUUUAGACGCUUCCCCGUAUCAAAAGGUUCUCUAGUGCAAUAGGGAAUUAGGGAUACUACAGUAAACAUUAUAUUGUGGACAAUUGCACUGAAGUAUGAUGAAUAUGAUGUAGCUGUUCCUACAAGUUGAAACCCAGUGAAAUUAAAUACGGAGUCAUUCUUAACUCCCGUUUGUGCAUUGCAUGACUUAAAGGGACUUUCAUUGCCCAAAUACAAAUGAAAAAUAAUCACAGUUUACUAGAUAUACCCCCAAUUAAAAAACUGCAUUAAUUUAACUUAUUCAUUUUUUAAUUGGGAGUUUAUCUAAAACUAGCGUGCAAAAUCUGCAGAAAUCUUGUCUGCAGCCUUUGCAGCUAGGGGGUGUAUCAAGGUUUAUUUAUAAAAGUGCCAAUUUCUAUUGAAAUCUGCACUUUUUGUAAAAUGAAGAAAAGAGGACACACUCUUCCACAUAGAGCACUUCAGCAAGCUCGCUGUAGUGUUAAUGAUGUCAGGAGUAUCCUUGCCCUGUUCCCCGGUAAUGAAGUGAACCAUUUUGUAAUGGUUUACCUUCUUACCUGAGUCCCACCAGAUCCUUGAUCUUCUUUGUAGACAAAUUUGCGACAUCCAGCUUCUGUAGAGCUACAAAACCAGAUGUCGAUCCUGCCAUCCAUUGAUUGGCUGAUAGUGUCAGAUGAUAGCCCUCAGCCAAUCACUCAACAUCUGUACAUCAAAAUUUGCACAGAAUUGUCAUUAAGACACACGGUACUCUUGUUUUUGUUCUGAUGACGCCACCAUGAUGCACCCAGAGGUGGAGUUACACCUUCAGCAGUAGAAGGCUUGAUUUCUUUAUGCUCAGUUUUUUAUCCUGGAAUGCUGCACAUAUAGACUCCAUGACCAUUUCAAAUCACCAAAGGGGUCAUGGUGCUUUGAGUAACCCUUUAACUGCACUUUGUCAAAAGACGUUUGUGUCAUCUGUCAGAAUAUAAGCAUUGAGAGAAAAAAAGCAAAGAAAAAAAAAAACUUUUGUAUCUUUGUAGAUAAACAAAUUUUAUACAAUCUGUUUUCCCAUUACAUCUCUUUUGUGUUUUAUUAAGGCGCACAAUGAUCCUGAUUGUCAUUCCUUCCCAUAUUCCUGUAAACGCUCAUUCGGUUUAUAUUUUUCUGGAGAAGGUGAAAUAAAGCUUCAAAACCACAAGGUCCAACACAAUAACCACAGGUAAUUCAUUUAUUUCAUGAUUUCUGUAUAUUUAAAGUUAUAAACACCUCAUUAAAUCCAACCUUCAUAAUGGUGUAUCGGCAUAACCAAAAAUUUGUUUUUUAUUUAACAAAUAUGUAUUAGUGAGGUGUAAGAAAUAAAAUUAAAUGUAAAAAUCUACAUCUCUUUAUUCGGCAACUGGACGUCUCCAAAUAAAAAUAAAAUGAAGCAUCUCUUAAAAGAAAGUUUAACACGAAUUAUAGGUGACUUUCAAUGUUUUAAUAAAUGGUUUAAAUUCCAGAGAAGUGAUAGUUCCUCUGCGUCACACUGGAAACGAUAAUUAUUGAAUCUCACUUAAGAGUUCCCAUAGUUAUUUUACAGCAUAUUGUAUGUAAAGACCAGGAGGGGAUGGAUAGAGUAGAAUAUCUCAUGUUAAAACCAAGUAAAGGAUUGUUUAAAGGGGAUCCAUAAUUUCUAGAAUGCUAGGGCAAUAUGGAACAGGACAGCAGCGGGUAACCCGUUAAAUUAGAUUGUUAGCUCUUUGAGCAAGACCUUCUUCACCUCUUGUCUCCAUUCUUAUUUUGUAUGUCAAUUACUUGUUCCCCAUUGUAUAAUUGUAAAUCUAUGUUCUAUUUUAUUUAUAGGGUGCAACUACCUUUUAAUGCUGGAAACCUCCAAAUACAGAAAAUAUCUGGAUAUGUAAUAAUCAGACUGCAGUAUGUGUUCACGCUGGCGUGGGAUGGGAAAUCCUCAGUUUAUAUCAAGAUGAGUCCGGAUUAUUUAGGGAAAACCCAUGGACUUUGUGGCAAUAACAAUGGAAUUUUACAGGAUGACCUUGUAACAAGCUAUGGUGAGUUUACAUUCAAAAUGCAUUAAAGGGAAGCACACAGAUACAAGACCUGGGACAUUGCCAACUGUAAAGGGUAUAGGGGCUGUAAUAGGUGUAGAAGCUGAAGGGAUUGUAGGCGCUGUAGUGGGUUUAGGGGCUGCAGGAGAUAUAGUGGGUGCAUGAGAUAUAAGGCUGUAGUGGGUGCAUGGGGUAUAGGAGCUGUAGAGGAUAUAGGGGUUGAAUGAUGUGUAAGGGGUAUAGGGGCUGUAGUAGGUGUAGGGGCUAUAGGGGGCUUAAGGGUUGCAGGAGGUAUAGUUGUUGCAGUGGGUGCAGGGGGUAAUAGGAGCUGUAGUAAGUGCAGAGGGUAAUAGGAGCUGUAGCAAGUGCAGGGGAUAUAGGGACUGUAGUGGUAUAGUUAACACGGUAUAGUGGGUGUAGGGGUAUAGUGGCUGUAGUGGGUGUAGGGGUAUAGUGGGUUGCAGGGGGCACAUAGGCUAUAGAAAGUGCAGGAGAUAUAGGGUUUAUAUUGGAUAUAGAGGCUGUAGUGGCUGUAGAGGCUAUAGGGGUCUUUGGGGCUGCAUGGGGUACAGGGGUUGUAGUGGAUCAAGGCUGUAAUAGGAGCUACAGUAAGUGCAGGGAGCACAGGGGCUGUAGGGAGUUGAGGGAAUAUAGGGGCUGUAGUGGGAGUAGGGGGGUAGGGCUGUAGUGAGUGUAGGGGCUAUAGUUGGUGUAGGGGUUGCAGGUAGUAUAGGGACUGUUGUAAUUGCAGGGGAUAUAGGGUCUAUAGUAGGUGUAGGGAGUAUAGUAGUGGUUGUAGGGGCUGAAGGGAUUUUACGGGCUGUAGUGGGUAUAGGGGCUGUAGUGGGUAUUGGGGUAGAAGGGGGUAGAGGGGAAUGAACAGGAACUGUGAUGGGGCAGUAGUGGAGAAAAGUAUACAUAUUUUUAAUUUUAAAAAUUUAUAAUUUAUUCCCCCCUUCCACGAGCCUUACUGUUUGGCCAGAGAGGGCGGAAUCCUAAUCCCGAGUGGUCUGGCUGGCGCACACGUAUGCUGUCUCUCACUGUCAUCCGAGCUCAGAUACUGCAUGCUGCCUGUAACACUGAUCAGUGUAGCACCGCAUGGCUCGCUGAACUCUGACACAUGAUGUUACUUUGUGCAGAACGAGCCACACGGAGCUGCCCUAAUCAGUUUUACAGACAGCCAUCAUUCUGUUUUCAUAUUCCAGCCAUCAUGAUUUAAUUUAAAAAGUUUUGCAAGUCGCAUUGGGUUGCAUGCUGCUCUCAAGCCUUAGAUGACGUAGGAUGUAAAGCAUAUCCAAAAAGUUCUGAUAGAAAGCUGUGGAAGCACCAGGGUUGGCUAUUAUUGGCAUUUUAUAUAUAUAUAUAUAUAUAUACAUGUAAUAUUUUUUAGCAUGUCCUAUUCUAGCAACCUAAUAUUUGAUGUUAGAAACUUAACUCACUUACUUGGGAAAUAUAUUUAUAUUUAUAAGUAGGAGGGAGAGAGGUUUGAAUCGAAACAGGAGCGCCUCUUUGACUUGUGAUAUAAAUUGUAAAUUAAUUCAGAAAAACAAUAUAUAUAUAAUGUUCAUUCAUUAAGCAGGGAGCUGGAAAAUGUACACUUAAAGAAAAACAUGAGUUUGACAAUAUCGCCAGUAAUCCAGGCCUACUAUGUGACUGACGUAUGGGUUGCACAAAGUCUUCCUGAUUAGAUGACGGAGCAGCUCUGUCACAUAGUGUUAUGAGUGCCGAGGCCGAGUACAUUGGGAGCACGUGUUUAAACUGCACUUAAGAUAAAUGACACGGCUUGAUUGGCUGCUUAGAUUGUAAGGUUUUUAACUUUUAUAGUUUGCUGUGUAAUGGGUAUGGGGAUUUAGGGAGAGGACACCUUUAAAUAGGUGGCAGAAUUUAUUCUAGAAAUGUUCGAAGAUUAACGUUUAUUAGAUUUGAGCAUGGAAAGAUAAACUGGCUCAGACAAACAAUUUUUUACAAAAAUAGAGCACUCUUCAUGACAUCCGAGUUUCAACCGAGCUGUGAUUAAAAACCACCAUUUAGUAACUGUACCCUAGCCAGCAAUUUUUUUUGUGUCAUGGCCAUAAGACAGAAUCGUGAACCGACGCAAACAUGUUCGGCAUUGUGCGUUUCAGGUGGGCCUUGAUUCAGGUACAUUUUGGGUAUUAGUUCAGAAAUGCAAUCGAUCAUCCUGUCCACCCAAAUCUAGUAGUAGUUGUAUGUAGUGUGUUUGAAUGUAGGGGUGUGUUUGUAUGUAGUCAUAGUGUUUGAAUGCAGGGGUGUAUUUGUGUGUAUAAUGCUUACAUGUAGGGCUGUGUUUGUAUGUAGUGUUUGUGUUUGAAUGCAGGGGUGUAUUUGUGUGUAGUUUUAGAGUUUGAAUGAAGGGGUGUAUUUGUGUGUAGUUUUAGAGUUUGAAUGAAGGGGUGUAUUUGUGUGUAGUUUUGGUGUUUGAAUGCAGGGGUGUGUUUGUAUACAAUGUUGACAUUUUAGUACAGGGGUUUGUUUGUAUGUAGUGUUGGUAUUUGAAUGCAGGGGUGAUUUUUGCAUGUAGCGUUGGAUUUGAUUGCAUGCAGUGUUAGUGUUUGAUUGGAGGGGUGUGUUUUGUAUUUAGUGUUGAUGUUUUGAAUGGGAUCUAUGAACAUAUACACAUAUGCAGCCACACACACAGUGACACAAAUACACACUAAAACACAGAUACACACACUGACACACAUACAUAUACUUACACUUAUACACACACACAGAGAUAAACAUACACACUGUUCUACAUACACACAGAUACACAUACGCAGUGACACACACAUAUACACAUACACACAUGUCUAAAUUAACAUAUAUUUAGCCACCCCACUGCUUCCAUACCUUUUGUGUGCAGAAGGGUGUCUUCUUCAGGAAGCAGUGCUCUCCCUCCUCCCUCUCUGUUCCUUCUGUGUCCUUCUAGCCCAUGCGGUCUGUUAGCAGGGAGCAAGUAACAGGUAAUCACUGCCUCCAAGCGUUGGCUGCCAGCAUUAAAGGGAACCGUUCAUGCUGCUGAAGGGCCGCAUCACCCAAAUGGGUCUCUUAUCUAUUGGGUUUGCCCUAAGUGGAUGGGCUACCCAACGCCUGUGUGCCUUGGCAGUAGUUUCGCCACUGUUCAGCAUGUAAUGAAAUAUACCCACACUGCACAUUUUGCCCUGGAAUGCUUCAGCAAAGCUUUGCACAUAGGCAGCCCUGAAGACUGGCAGGGAUUUUAAUUAAUUUUAAAUUUACUUUAAAUUCUGUACAAAUUACAUGGAUUUGGAUCACUAAACAUUGAAUUGUAGUGAAUUGCAAAAUUCCUACUAAAAUAGCUCAGACUGAAAAACUCUUUAACUUAGGUCUCAAUUUAAAGGACCACUAUAGUGCCAGGAAAACAUGCUUGUUUUCCUGGCUCUAUAGGGUCCCUGGGUCCACCACACCCUCUCCUCCUCUUUUCCCGUCAUCGGCUGAAUGCGCAUGCGUGGCACGAGCCACGCACGUAUUCAGCCAGUCUCAUAGGAAAGCAUUCUCAAUGCUUUCCUAUGGACGCUGGCAUCUUCUCACUGGGAAAAGCGUCAAUGAGACAGCCACUAGAGGCUGGCUUAACCCCACUGUAAACAUAGCAGUUUCUCUGAAAAUAUAUUGAUAUAUUUCUCUGAAACUGCUAUGUUUACAGCAGAAAGGGUUAAAACUAGAGGGACCUGGCACCCAGACCACUUCAUUGAUCUGAAGUGGUCUGGGUGCCUACAGUGGUCCUUUAAUAGUUUUGGAUACGCUUUUCAAAUGAUUUUGCUAAAUUCUUCAUAUUUUAAAAUUGUGAUAUAUGGGGAGGGACCAUACCCCCUUGCUCAGUAAAAAGAAUCCCGUACUCUGACCCCCAACGAGACGAGAUCCAAGAUCAAGAGAGCACUAACGCUCUCGAAAUGGGUACCCAGACCACACACAAUAAGACUAGGCAUGUGCAAUUUGUUUCGUUCCAAAUGUACAUUCGUACAAAUUUAGUGAAAUUCGGACAUUCGGAUGCUUACAAAUGUCUGAAGUUCGAAUUGACGAAUUUCCGAAUUAGCGAAGUGCGGAAUUUUUCGAAGUGCCAAACCGAACUGAAUUGCCAAAGUUCCGAUUUGCUGAAGUUCCGAAAUGCUUUGGAUUUCUGAAAAGUGGCAAAACGAGUACUUAGGAUUAGGGGUUUAGGGUUAGGGGUUAUGGGUUAGGGUUAAGUGUAAGGGUUUGGGCUGGGGUUAGGGUUAAGGGUUAGGGUUUAGGGUUAGGGUCCGAAUAACCAAAGUUCCGAAUUGCUGAAGUGCCGAAUUGACGAACCGAAUGCCAUUGGUCAGAAUUGCCGAAGCAGGCAAAUUUUUUUUACUUACCCGUAUUUUUUAACCAAAAUAAAUUUUUUGCCCAUGCACAUCCCUAAAGACAACCCCAAGUAACACAGACAGAACCUAACCAAAGGUCUAGACCAGUAACCCCCAGGCCCUGGAUCCAUUUCCCACCCUCAUAUAUUUCUACCCUAUCUUUCUUCUUCUCCUAUGCUUAUACCUGCAACACUGAUUAUCACAAACAAUGACGAGGCACACAGUCUUUAACAAAAUUAAAAACACCACCUACAACACUCGUCAAAGGCACUAUGGUAUUACAGGUUUGGUUUGCAUAUGUGCGUUAAAGUUCAUUUAUAUCUAUGUAAAAAACAAAAAAACCUUGUCGUCUGAGAGCAUUUUGUACAUAUUGAAAAAAAUGAUGACCCUCCACAAUGGCAAAAGUCGUAUAUGAUAACUUAAAUUGUAAUCCUUGUUUGUAAGAUACACAAUGUAAUCAACUUGGCAACAUACUGUACUAUAUGUCUUGAUCUGUCUGAUGGCAAACCAAUAUAAGGAAUUAUAAAAAUAUUUUUUUUUUAAAUUGUGAUAUUGUUCAAUAUAUUGAUAUAUUUUUAAAUAUUAUCUAUAUUUUUAAUUUUACUAGUUUGAAAAAAUGUAUAAAAAAUGUAUAAAAAAUAUAUUGAAUAAUUUGAAAGGCAUAUACACAAAUAUUAAGUUAGAAAGUUUUUCCAUAUUAUUAUUAUUAUUAUUAUUUAUAUAGCGCCAACAAAUUCUGCAGCGAUUUGCGAGUUGUUUGAGCAUAACAUUUCCUUUUCAGUUUGCAAUUCACUACAGCUCAUUAUUUUGUGAAUGAACCCCACACACUAAUGACUACCCCUGUUGAUUUCCUCUGAAUACGUCAGAGGAGAUCCUCACUAAUAGCUUACAAAAUGUCCUACAUAAUCUCUACUGAUUUCAUGUAAUCUGAGAAUUUCUCACUGAAGGAGCAGAUAGAAAAGUGGGCAGAGCCUGAUAACCUUUUAGUGGCAAGUAGAAUAUUUAUUGAUCUGUCUGUAAAUGUAUGAUUGAUAUAAUAUUGAAACCCAUUAAUUGUAUUUUCUAUGUUUCUUUUCAGGAAAACAGACAGAAAAUGUCGAAGAAUUUGUAAAUAGCUGGAGAGAGAACAUUCCACAUGAAGAAUCUCUUUAUGGGGUUAUCUCUUUUUAUGAACCACCAUGUCCAAAAGAAAACCAUCAUGUAAAUAUGGUGAGUGCAUAUAAAGACACGUCUUACAUCUUUCCUUUAGACAAUUCUUUAUCAUCCUGUAAUUCUGGUGUCCUGAUCCAAUCUAUCUUGCAAAGUAUCAAAAAUCUUAUUGCUCUCUACACAUACUCCAUUGACUGCCAAGAAGUUGUCUAAAACCUUAGUAACACAGUCAAAAAUAAUUGAUAUUUGACUGGCAUGAUUUUCAAAAUAUUAAUUUUUAUUACCUCUAAUAACUGGAGAACAAUUAGUUUCUUUACUAAUGACUAGUUCCCCAAUGUCAGGUGUAAGACUCACUGGACUGUAUUUACCUAAAUACACCUUAAAGGAGAAUGUCAUAGCCUAGGAAAUAUUUACAUUAUAAUUAAGAAGACACAUGUUUAUGUUCAGAAGUUUGUAAAUUUACUUUGGGCAUCAAUGUUAGAAAAUUUGUGUGGCAAUGUAAAACCCUUUCAGGAGGUACAUACGUGGCCAAAUCUUGGCACAUUAUGUGAGGUCCCAGAUAAUACUUGUUAUUCACUGAAGUGAGAAUUUUCAGAAAAUGUAAAGAAAGUAGACUUGUGCAUGGCAAAGAUUUUAGGUUAAUCCAAUUUUUAAAAAUGUUUCUUUGGAUUGGAAAAAAUUCAGCCGAAAAUAAUUUGGUUGGCUGCAAAUUCUAUUUGGUUUGAAAAAAUGUCAGGGGAAGGUUAGAUUUACUUACCUAAACCUGUCACUCGCAGGCACCACCAUUUUCUUUUGACUUGUCCCAAGAGCAAACAUCACUGCUGCACACUCGUGCAUGUGCGAUAGUACAGCAUUGAGGUCUUUGGACCACCACACGAGACCAUAAGAUCCUCCAUAGACACAGCUAAUAUCUCUGCAUCUGUCAUGGUGAAAGCUGGGAGACAGUUUGACAUUUUUGGCCUUAAAUUUUAAAUUCACUUUGAAUUCUUUAGGAAUUCACAACAAUUUCCACUUUAGUAAAUAAUCGUGUGAGAGUUUAGAUAAGCCAGAUUAAGAGAUGUUACAUGUCAUUGUUCCAUGUAUUACAGUUUUUAGAAGGAUAAUACUCUUCUCUCUCUCUAGAUGGCUAAUUCUUUGUGCAGUUCACUUUUACAAUCUCCAUUUGAAAGUUGCCACGAGUCCGUGAGCCCUUCUCCAUUCCUGGCCAGCUGUACAAAUGAUUUGUGUAUGUAAGUAACAAGCUGUGUACGGGAUCCACCAUGCUUGGCACAAACACUUGUAGCAGGGUUAAACAUUCUCAAACCAUGGAACUUCUCCUUUUCAAUUACAUUUCUCUUCAUUUCAAAUGUUGACUUGAUGUUUUGAUCAUGUCUAACUUAUAAUUUGAGUUGCAACAUAAAAUUAGCCUUUUGAUUAUUUGUAUUAGGAAUCUGGGCCUAAUAACAAAGCCAGUGAGUGUAUGUAAAAGAUAAAAAAAGGCAAAUACACAAAACUCAUUGGAAUUUGCCAGGAGACCACAGGGGAUGAGUAAUAAGAGACCUUCUCUAUUCCUAAAAUAAAAUGGGCUAUGGAGUACCAUAACAGAGUUUGUGGAAGGUGGGAUCUGCACUGGAAUUGCUUCUUCUAAACCUUUAAAAUGCAUAAAGAGUUGGGAAGUUUUUCUGCAUCAGUAUUAAUUCCGUGCCCAUUAAAGUAAGUGGUAGAUUGUGGCUUUGAGUUUUUUUUAUUGAAAGCAGUGCCAAAUACAGCAUGAUAUAGGGCUUACAAUGCUCUAGCUCAGGGAUAGGCAACCUUCGGCACUCCAGAUGUUGUGAACUACAUCCACCAUAAUGCUCCUACACCCAUAAUGCUGACAAAGCAUCAUGGGAAGUGUAGUCCAAAACAUCUGGAGUGUCGCAUGUUGCCUAUGCCUGCUCUAGCUGGUUCCUCUUUAAUCAGUAAUUGGACAAACUAUUUGAAUAAUAUAUUUCUUUUUUUUUUUAAAUGUGUGAUAAACAAGGUCUGAAGGAGACAUAGCGGCUUGGUGUAGAGCUUUAACAGAAUACGCCAGAGCAUGCGCUCAAGCUGGCAACCCGCUACCAGACUGGAGGAUGAUGUAUACACAAUGUGGUAAGCAACAUUUUGUAUAUGCCAUCUGCAUGUGAGAGGGAAAUGUUCUAUUACAUAUGUUUUCUAUUUAUAUUCUCCAUGAACAAUUAAGAAAAUGUAUAUUGUUAAAUCGGAAUCUUAUGUGUGAAAUUCAGCUUAUGUAAAAGAACACAGUUCAAGAAGUUCCAAAAUAUCUUUACAUUUUUUUUAACUUUUUCAAGGCUUUUCAAGAAUACAAGUCUGCUGUUUCUUCGUUUUUCAUUGCUGAUCUUUAUUUAGUCAGUGACCAUCAUUUAAAUUCUUAUUCUGUUCUGGUUAGAUAAAGAGACUUGGAGGUUUGUCCACUAAUGAGUCCAUUAUUUUCUAAGAUGAUAAUACUAUUAAAUGAUCAUACUGGGGCUAUUCUCUCACAUGCCUUGCAGUUUCCAGACUUUAUUGAGUCCAUUAAUGACUCAGGUCUAAGUUUCAUAUGAUGCUAUAGGUUUGCACUUUUCCUUAACAGAGAUCACGUGUGAGAAUGAUUUAGUCUACAGUGAGUGCAUCAACUGCUGCCCAAGCUCCUGUCAACAGAGGAAGUCAUGCAUCGACAAUGAAAUUGCCUGUGUGGAUGGCUGUUACUGCCCGGAAGGUAUUUUAUAAUUUCCUGUUUUUUAUAUUCUAGACUUUUUUUAAAUUCAAUUAUAUUUAACUUUGGCCCCAAUUUAAUUUUUCUGAAUAAGCUUUUCAAAUGAUUCAAUAUUUUUGGCUGAACAUUUAAAAUGAUUUAAAUUAUGAAAAAAAAUAAUAUUUUAAUAUUUUGAUAGUUUUUUUGACAUAUUGAUAUAUUUGAUAUAUAUGAUAUAUUUUUUACAAUUUUAAUGUUUUUAAAAAAGUUUAUCCAAAAUAGUGAAUCAUUUGAAAAGCUUAUUCAAAAUUAUUUAAUUGAGGUCUUUUUCUUUUCUCCAUCUGUUCUGGGAUUUAUUCUACUAAAGGAGAAGGACUUCAAAAUUAAAAGUGCCACCUAAAUCCUACCUUCCUAUGAGCUAGGAGAUUUAUUAUUGUUACUAUUUUUUUUUUUUUUUAUUAUAGUUAUUUAAAAGCACUUUUUAAAACAAUUCUUUUGUGUGUUAAAAUAGAAAGAGCUUGUAUGACCAUUUAAAGAGGAAUAAAAAUAUUAUUGAUGUAUGUGACUUUUAUAAAAUUAAAUUAAUAAAGCUAAUCAAAAAGUCAUUGGCAAAAUGAAACAUUAUUUUUAUCAAAAUAUUUUUUUCAGGAUUAACACACCACCACCACAUGGAUUGGCUCUAUGCAGCUUGUGUGUGUUUUUUAAAGCAUAAUGAAGUGCAUUGAACACAAUUAGGUGAUUUUGUGUUCAUUUAUUAUUAUGUAUAUAUAUUAUAUUACUAAAUAGUUAAAGUAAAAAAAUAAAAGUGAAACCAAUUGAAAUAAUUGAAAUUAUUAACCCUGAAAUUAUUUUUUUUAACAGGCUUGAUUUUUGAAAAUGGUGAAUGUGUUCAACCUUCGGAGUGCCCCUGUGAGUUUCAUGGCACAUCGUAUCAUGCUGGUUCCGUGGUUCAAGAUCAAUGCAAUAACUGGUGAGCUACAAAAUCGUAGGGCAGUGGAUAAUCCCUUUAUACCAUUAUAUAUAUAUAUAUAUAUAUGUGUAUAUCUACAUGAGGUCUGUCCGGAAAAGGUCCAUCCAUUGUUAAUAUAACAAGAGCAGGUUGUGCGACAUCAAUGUAACUAGGCAGCCAAGGAGAGUGGACUGGAAUGUCCAUGUGUUAACAAUGACGACUUCACUGUACUAGUCAGUGGGGGUGCUAGUGAGUGAGCAUGUGUACUGCGUAGCUGUCACAUUCAAAAUGACUGAGCUAGUAGAGCAACGAAUCUGCAUCAAAGUUUGUGUUACGCAUGAACAUUCCUAAUUGGAAACUAUUUAGAUGAUUCAGGAGACUUUCAGGGACAAUGCAAUGAGUGCACCGAAAAAAAAGUGUGGCACAAACUCUUGAAAGAUGGUCGAGAAUCUGUUGAAAGAUCUGGCUUUUACCAAAACUAAAAUCACUUUUCAAAUGGAAGAGAUUUCAGACCGUCAGUGAGAUUUAGGUAAAUACGACAAGGCAGCUGUUGGUGAUUCCAACAAAGGAUCUUGCAGACUAUUUUGAACAUUGCAAGAGACACUGGAAGAACUGUGUGAGGUACCAAGAUACCUACUUUGAGUGGGACUGGGGCAUUAUCAUCCUAUGUACGAGGAUUCUUGUAUCUUCUUGUAUCUUGUUCAAUAAAUCUCUCUAUUUUUCAUAUUACAUGGCUAGAUACUUUCCGGACAGACCUUGUGUGUAUAUAUAUAUAUAUAUAUAUAUAUAUAUAAAUAUAUAUAUCCACAUAGGCCCAGUACUCCCUCUCCCUGCCUUGUACUCCCCUGGGUGCAAACCACAUUGUCAAUAAGAUAUAAUCCAAGAAAAGUGCACUCACAGGUCUUCGUAGAUAUUCAUAAUUCAUUAUUUUGCAGUGCAAUAAACCAAUAUCUGUAGAUGUUUCAGUUUGACUUUAAUCUUGAUUUUUAUUAUUGUUAUUGCCAUUUACAUAGCGCCAACAUAUUCCGUAGCACUUUACAAUAUUAUAAGAGGAGGGGUUUAACUAUAAAUAGGACAAUUACAAGAAAACUUACAGGAAUGAUAGGUUAAAGAGGACCCUGAUCAAACAAGCUUACAGUCUAUAGAAGGUGGGGUGUAAAACACAAUAUGACAGGAUAUAGCAAUCAAAUAAGGUGGGAGUAAAGCAGAGCUGGAGGAGAUAAUAAAGUGCUGCCCUUUAGGAGAGAGCAAGAGACAGGUAUGUUAGGUAGCGGUUACUCUGGGAGGUCAUGAGCUUUCCUAAAGAGAUGGGUUUUAGGGCACUUCUUAAACAAUUGAAGACUAGGGGGGAGUCUGAUGGCAGUAGUCAGGCUAUUCCAUAGGAAGGGAGUCGCCCGUGAAAAGUCCUGCAAGCAUGAGUUGGCCGUAUGCGUGCGAGCAGUGGACAAGAGAAGGUAGAGCAGAGAGACCGAGAAGGGGCAUGCCUCUGUAUCUGUAAAGAGAUAUAAGAGGAGCUAGAAUUGGUCAAUGCCUUAUAGGUAUGGAUGAGCACUUUGAAUUGACUCCUAUGGUAUACAGGAAGCUAAUGUAAGGGCUGACAGAGGGGUGAGGUGGGAGAGUAGCGACUAGAGAGGAAAAUUAGUCUGGCAUCAGCAUUUAUUACAGACUGUAGUGGGGCAAUACGGUUUUAGGGAAGACCAAUUAGGAGAGGGUUACAAUAAUCCAUGCGGGAAAUUACUAGUGCAUGGACAAGCUCCUUAGUAGCAUUUUGCGUAAGCAAGGGGCGCAUGCGGGCUAAGUUUUUAAGAUGGAAUCUACAGGACUUGGUAACAUGAUGGAUGUGAGGCUCAAAGGUGAGGCCAGAAUGAAGCAUGACACCAAUACAGCGUGCUUGCAAGGAUGGACUGAAGUGGAUACCACUAACUUGAAGGGAGAGUGAAAGAGGAGGAUCGGUAUUAGGAGGAGGAAAUACAAGGAGCUCAGUUUUAGAGAGAUUUAGUUUCAGAAAGCGGGAGGACAUCCAGUCAAAGAUGGAAGAAAGGCAAGCAGUGACACGUUGCAGGACGGCAGGGGAGAGAUCCGGGGAGAGAUAUAUCUGGGUGUUAUCAGUGUACAGGUGGUAGUGGAAUCCAAAGGAGGCAGCAGCCAGAUUGAAGAGGGUCAAAGAGAGAAUUGGAAUUGAGGAAGUGAGAUACGGGUAAAGACAAGUCUUUCCAGAAGAUUUGAGGAAAAAGGGAGCAGGGAUAUGGGACACUAGUUAAAGGGGGAGGACGGAUAGAGAGAUUUUUUUUCAGGAUAGGUACUACAGUGGCUUGUUUAAGGUCAGCAGGGACAAUUUCAGAAUAGAGAGAGCAGCUGGAGCUGUGUGUUAUGGAAGGCGCAAGACAUGGGGAGAGAGAUCUGAUAAGGUGAGAUGGGACAGGAUCAAGCGGGCAAGUGGUGGGGUGAGAGGAAAGGAGAAGUGCAGCCUCCUCUUGUUCAGUAGCUGGAAAGAAAGUCUGAAGGGUAGGAAAGGCAUGAUCUACAUGUGGUUGUGAAAGAGAAAGGCAGGGUGGGGAGAAUUCUUUCCUUAAAUGUUCCUUCUUUUCGGUAAAGUAGCUGUAAGGAUAGGUUGAGGGGUCGCCACAGCAGGGCGAAGAAGAGAGUUAAAGGUGUCAAAGAGAUGCCUGGGAUUGCGGGAGCAUGAACUAAUGAGAGAGAAAAAGUAUGACUGUUUGGCGAGGGCAAGGCCUGCGCUUUAUGAACAUAAUAUGAAUCUAUAAUGGAGAAAAUCUGACUGGGUGCAAGACUUCCUCCAGGAGCGUUAAGCACAAUGGGAGCAUCUUUGCAGGUAGCAUAUUGAUUUAGUAUGCCAUGUUUGGGGGCAUGUCCUCCUUGAGGUGCAUGUUUGGAGCGGGGCUGCAGUGUUCAAGGCAGAAGUGAGAGUAGUGUUAUAUGUGGAGAUGGCCAGUGAGGGACAUGAGAGGGAAGAGAUGAAUAGGAGUUGUGAAACAAUAUCAGCUGACAGCUUCUGGAUGUCAACAGAAUUUUAAGAAUAUUAAGGUUCCUCCUGAAUUGAAUGGGGGUUUGGCUAAGGAUGUUGGAUGAAGGGGUAUUCAAGAGCAAAUUAUAAAAGGUGGUGGUCAGAGAGGGGAAAUGGAGUGUUGGAGAUAUUAGACAUUGUACAUGCAUAAGAGAAAAUUACUUUGAGGGUAAUGCCAGCUACUUGAGUUGGAGAAUUAGUCCACUGCGAUAACCCAAGGGAGGAAGCAAUUGAAAGUAGUUUAGAGGCUGCUGAGGUCAGGGGUGGGAUAAUGGGAAUAUUGAAGUCCCCAAAAAUUAGGGAUGGUAUGUUAGAGGAGAGGAAGUAGGGUAGCCAGGCAGCAAAGUGGUCAAGAAAGAGGAGAGGGGAACCAGAGGGGCGAUAAAUAACUGCAAUAUUAGCAAAGACAGGUUUGAAAAGGUGAAUCAUAUGGAUUUCAAAUGAUGAGCAAGAGAGGGAGGGUGGGGUGGGUAGAGGUUUAAAGGAGCAGUGAGGUGAGAGUAGAAACCCUACACCACCUUUACAUUCAGAGUGUUUUGGGUUGUGGAUAAGUUGAAGGCCACCAAAAGAUAGAGGUGCAGGGGUAGCAGUGUCAGAGGGAGAGAGCCCUGUUUCUGUUAAGGUUAGUAAGUCUAGGGAAUGAGAGAUGAAGAGGUCGAGGACAGCAGUGGAUUUUCUACUAUUGCAAACAGAUCAUGCAUUCCAGAGGGCAGUAUUGAAGGAGGAUUUAGAGGAAGAGUAACAUGAGAUGGGUAUUAUAUUGGUGUGGUUCCUUGAGUUAGUACAUGUUGGGUUUGCUGAGGUGGGACGGGGAGAAUCAUUACCAGCUGCUAGAAGCAGAAGGAUAUAAAGGCGGGAGUAGGAAGUGAAGGUGGGAGUAGGAUUUGAAAGUUUUGUAAGAGGGUAUGUAUAUAGAGGAUUUGGGAGGAGUUGGUGGAGAUAGGCUGGAAAGGUAUACGUAGAGUGCAUGGGAUGAAUAGAGAGGGGAGUAAAGUGGGAGCAAUGAAGAUGGUGUCACCAGGGAAGUUAGAGAAGUUAGAUUGAAAGUGAAAAAUAGAAGGGAGAACAUUAUUUCGAGAAAAUGUAUUUUGUUGUAUAGAUAUGAAUACACAUAUAUAAUGCAAUGAAUAUAUACACACACAUACCUAUGAGUGUUUAAACCAUGAUUAAGCAUGCAGUUUGUUAACAGACGGAUUCAAGUGAGGAGAGGUUAGUGAUUUGAUUGUUGCACUAUCUAUAAGUAUUGUAAUGACCAUUGGGUGGGCCAGGGCCGUCUUUAAUACUGAUUGGACCCUGGGCAGGUAUUUGAUUUGGGCCCCUUGACCUAGCCCUUCCCCUUCCUAGCAUGCCAUCACGCCAUCAACGCCCACACACACAAAAAAAAAAACCACACACACACUUAGCCCUCUCAUUUCUUACUGAGACAAAAUACACACACUGAGACACAUACAGAUGCAAACACUGACAUACAUAGAGAUGCACACAUACACAGGUACAGGCAUACAUAGAGAGAUACACAGACACAAGUGCAUACACAGACACACAUGCAGAUACACACUGACACACCUUCAUACACUGAUGCACAGAUACACUUACUGACAAACAUGCAGAUGAACAGAAACUGACAUAAAUUCAGAUACACACAAUAGCAUACAGAUACAUACAUGGACCCACAUGCAGAAACACACAGAUACAGACACUGACACAUAUACAGAUACAGAUACACAGACACACAUGCAGCUACACAUUCAUACAGAAUGACACUCACACAGAUACAAACACAGACACAUAUGCAGACACAAAGACAUGCAGACACACAUACAAACAUACACACAGAUACACAUAUAAACAUAUACACAUAUAAACAUACACAUAUACAAACAGACACAGAGACACACAGAUACACAUAUAUACAAAGACACACAUAUGGACACACAGGGUCACAGAGAGACACAUGCAGAUACAGAAACACACACACAUACAAACAGAUACACAUACACACAUACAAACAGAUACACACAUACAAACAGAUACACACAUACAAACAGAUAUACAUACAGACAGACACAUACAUACAUACAUACAGACAGACACAUAUAUACAUACAGAUACAUACAGACAUGCACAUUUUUUAUGUGUUUUCUACCUUUGUAGUGCAGGAGGCUGGCUCAGGCUGAUGGGAGUCAGAGCUCCCACUCUGACUCCCUCCUUUUCUUCUCCUCCUCCCGCGCGGGAUCAUCACAGGGGGCCCGGUCGUGCUCUCAAAGCGGCCGGGCCCCUUAAAAUCCAUCGCUUUAGGGUGGCCCUUAGAGCAUUGGCGGAUGAGCCUUCACAUCGCGCGACCUGGUAGUUCCACGCGGGCCGCACGCACCAUGGGGCCGGAGGGCUAAAGGGGCAGCUACUUUGGGCCCCCUAAGACUGACUGGGCCCGGGGCAGCUGCCCCUUUUGCCCCGUGUUAAAGACGGCCCUGGGGUGGGCAGCCUUCCAGAGAUGAUACCUCUGCUUAGGUUUGUCUGCAGUGCCCAGUUGUUUUUGAGUUCUGGGAGUUGCUAAUCAAUGCUGUUAUUUGGGGCCCAGUCUCUGCUUAGGCUUUUCUAUAUAUAUAUGUCUGUUAUAAAUUUAGUUAGUUAAACCAUUACCCAUGUACUGGGCCCCUCAUUUUCAUAUAAUUGUUUUUUAUUAAAAGCAUAUUGUUUCUUUAAGACAUAAAAAAAUAAAAUAAAUAUACAUUAUAAAAAAUAAAUUAUACAAGAUAAAUAGAUAUAAUAAUAUAAGUCUGCAUUUUUAAUUUCCAUUUUUUAUUCCCAGCACAUGCACUGGAGGAAAAUGGGUUUGCACUGAGAAUGUCUGUCCUGGUGAGUAUUAAUUAUUUGCAUCCAUGAAAUCAAUGAAUUGAUGUUUUUUUCUUCACAAGCUAUGCACCCAUCUCCUAUACAUGUAUGCAUAUGUGUGGGCGUGUAUGCUAGUUUGAAUGUAAUUAUUUGUGUAUGUAUAUGCAUGUGUAUUUGUAUAUAUGCAUCUGUGUGUGUGCAUUACACUUGUGCACAGUAAAAAUGUUCAGUUCUUCCAACUUUAACUUUAACUUUUGGUUAAAUAAUAUUUGGUUAAUUUAAAAAAAUUGGUUCAGUUUGAAAAAAAUUCAGAUCAAAAUUAAUAUUGACUGGGAAGCCCUACAAUAUUUAUUUUAUCAAGGGGAAAAGUGCCUAUAGUAUUGAUUUAUAUAAAACAAAUCUCAAGCUGUAAAUCCUUGAUUCAAGUUAAAUGGUCCAGCUAUUGUGCUAUUCAGUUUGUUCCAAAUUCAGGUGAAGUUCUCUUUGGCAUUCAGAAGAAUACUGAUUGUCCCAUAUUGGCUGAACGAAUUAUCCAAGCUUAGUGUGUAUGUGGUUCUAUUCUGCGAUGGACUGUGCUAUAGUAGAUACAUCAAGUAUUAAAUGCAGAUCUAUUAAAACAAUAUAUGAAUAUAUUCUCUGUCUUAUGUUAUUGUUUGCCAGCGGAAUGUGCCAUCACUGGAGAUAUUCACAUGAUCACAUUCGAUGGGAGAAAAUACACCUUUCAAGCUCCUUGCCAAUAUAUUUUAGCAAAAAGUCGGACAUCUGGAGUAUUUACAGUCACUUUGCAGAAUAGCCUCUGUGGACAGGUAGGACUAAUUCAAGACACAGGAAACUAACCGAUAAUCAAUAGAACAUAAUAUCCAUCUACACAUAGGACAAUAUAUAAAUAUACACAAAAUAGCAGCAAAUUACAAUGAGAAGGUCUGAUGUAUUAUAGGAAAUAUUUGCUUGUUACUUGAAGAGGCACAUUUUUAUUUUUAACUGCUUUCUCUUUUGUUGCAAAAAUAAUUAUGUAGGUGAUGUAUUAUAGGUGACUAUUGAUGAGUGGAAGAAAAGAGAUUUAGCCUAAGGCAAAGGAAAUAAAAGAAACUGUUCUUAUAAAAGUAAGAACAAUAAGGAUGUGGAAUUUUCUGCCUGAAGAGAUAGUUUUAUCAGAGUCUGUACAGAUGUUUAGACAGCAACUAGAUGAAAUCUUGCAAAAACAUAAUAUUCAGAGAUUUAAAUUUUAAUAUAUUCUUUAUUCAAGUAAAAAUCUGAGUAAAACUCCUAGAAAUGUGGUAAGAAAAUAGCAAAAAAAGAAGGGUGCACCUACAAAGAAUAGUAAUAUCGUAGUAUAAUAAUAUUAAGUAUCUAAAUAAUUUAUAGGAGUAUAUAUAACAUAAAACAAUAAAUAAUAAUAUAAAAAGUAGUCCAGGUAACUUAGCACUGAUCCAAACAAGGUCAUCCACCAACACUAGGAAAAGUUCUUUUUAGGCUAACAUAUGGGAUGGGUGGUCACAAGUAGAGGUUUGUACUCCGGUGGAAUACGUGGAAAGGAAACAAGAGAAAGAGGACUCCAAUGGUAUAGUAUAUAUAAAACACUGGGUACUUGAAGUGUUAUGUGAAACUACUCACAAUAUCCAGAGCUUAAAUCCAGCUCUGGUGUGGAAUACGUGAAGUGGAGUGAUCCCCACUCAAGGAUAUACAGGAUAUACUGCAUAUCCUGUAUAUCCUUGAGUGGGGAUCAUUAAUCCUGCAUAUCCUGUAUAUCCUUAAGUGGGGAUCAUUCCACUUCACGUAUUCCACACCAGAGCUGGAUAAGAGGGGACCCCUCUGUCUAUAGGUGUGCUACCUACAUCUUCUCCAUAUCUCCUGUGGUGUGCUAGCGCUGACCCUUAUUCUGACAACUCCUAAAAACCCUUACUCUGCUGUAGUGAUUGUAAUGCUACGAGUACCCUGGCCCCGUUAGCAAUGGUUUGCCACUGUAGCUGGGUUCCCGCCAGGCUCUGUUGCUCCCUAGUUGUCUGGUCAUGUGUUUCUGCAGAGCCACAGAAGCACAGCUAUAGUUGCCAUUCAUUGGCUAAGAGCAUCAGCUGACCACUCUCAACCAAUGAAUGCAAUUCUGUGCAAUGAAAGUUGCACCAAACGGACAUUAGAGGUGUUACAUUCCAUAUGAAACAUUACACAUACAAACUCCAGGCAUUCUGACAACUUCAAAUUGCUGAAGUAGUCAUGGUGCUCAGAUUAACCCUUGAAGCACUGCCUAAGGGAAACACUCAGCUGUGUUUUAAAAGUUGUGAAAAGAAUCAGUCAGUUCCUGUUUUAGCAAGAGCCAAUUGGAAGCCUUGCAUAGCCUGGAGGUUUUUUUAAAGAAAUCUAGGAACUUCUAAUUUAUCUUUUUAAUUGUCUGGUUAUUAAUGAUUACUUGAGUUUGUUCUGUUUUUCAAAAUACAUAUCGGUAUCAUAAUGCAUCAAGAUGCAUGGCUUUGGUGCUGCACAACUUUCGCACAGAGAGCUACGAGUUGGAAAGUGAAGCAUAUACACAAUGUUUGCAAGUCUGCCAGUCCGUCUGCCUGUUAGACACAUUUUGUAUUUUGUUUCUGUCUUUUCUUAGCAAGAGCUAAAGAGAGCUAUGUCCUCAACAUUUAGGAAGAGCAAUCUAAUGAUAUUUAAUUGAUGCAAAGAAUAUUUUAUAAAAUUUCAAGAUACCCUUUCUGUUAAAAUGGAAUACAGUAUUUGAUAGCAUAGUAUAUUUGUCCAUAAUGGCUGCUGUUUUCAAACCAGCGAACCAUAUAAAAAAUGUCAAGAUGCUUGUUUUUAUGCUCAAUUGAUUCAUGUCACGUUUUGUCAGUUGACAGAUGUACUUUAACUCGAUGGUCUGAAGGCGGUGGACAUUGUUCAUUCAUUGUUGCCUCUUCGGUAGUCAGUAGCAUUUGUGUGGUCGAUCCGAGACCCAGCUCAUCAAUACACUGUAUAUCCAUUUCAACAGAUUAUCCUGCUAUCAUUUAGUAUAUUCCCUGCUACAGUGACUAUGAUGAAACCUUUAUUGUUCUCCAAAAGUAACUGCUACUGCUUAAUUUACUGUCCUUGCCUAUAUUAGAUCUUGUAAUUGAAUGCAUUUACGAUAGUCACCAAAUCAUUAUCUCCUACUUUGGAGAUGAAGGAUAAUGCAACGAUGAGCAGUAUUUAUUUUACAGUAUGGUUUUUCAGACAAGGAUUUAAUUUCUGAAAGUCUUUCUUGGGGAAACCAAGAGCUCAGAUCAGGGAAAUGAAUUCUGUUACAAUUGUGGCAGAAAAAUAACAUCAAAUAGGAAAAGUCCAAGACACUAAAACCGUGAGUUGUUUUUAAGCCGCAUCACAAAGCCUCUAGUCAUCCUUUCGAACAUGGUGACAUAAAAUGUCAUCAAGCUAUAAGUGGCUUCAGAAUUAUGUGAAAUUUUGCUAAAGCACUUUCUGGAAAGCAAAUCAGAAGAGCGAUCAGUGCUGCUUAACCUUAUUGUGGUUUCAUGUAUCUGCAUCAGUGUCUUUGUAGUUUGUGGGUUUUUUUGAGAUGAGAAGAGUUUUGAAGAUAGGAAUUUUUUUGUCAAGUACCUAGCAAGAGAGACAGCAGCCCAUGUGAAAACACCUGCUGAGAAUAGCCCGAGGCAAACCUAUGAAAGAAUUGAUUCAUGAGCACAGAGAAUUAUUGUCAUCUAGGAUUUCGUCUUUUCACAAGCAAUUGACGAUGAAAGUGUCUAUCUUUACACCAUAGGUUAAGGUAAAUAGCCGGUACAUACAUGGUUUACAGGUAUUUUUGUCUAAUGAAAGUGACAUCUUAAAAAACAGGACCGGUAAAGAUAUCCAAAGCUAGUGAUGUUCAUCACUAGAUCCUUCUUAUAGCCUCAGAAUUCCAGGAUCUUACAUGGUGAAAAGAUCACAAAAGUUCUAUCCUAAAGUAUUGUAUCUUGGAUGACACAUUUGGAGUGAUGAUGGAGGCUGGUAUCCACAGUUAGAGUUUUGUCGUAUCCUCAUAAAUCCAAGAUUUACUGCAUAAAUGGAGCAAAGAUGUUCUAACUUUGAGACCUCUCUGACCGUCAGAUGAUACAUUGUGAGGGAAGAUAAUCAUUACGAUGGGCUACUAAUGCUUUGAAAUAAUAUUUUAAAAGGGAAUGAUAUUAGUCUGGACAAGGCCUGAUUGUUGAUUACUACUUUGAAAUUAAUGACCUCAGCAUUGGAAGUAAUUAUUUAUUAUUAUUAUUAUUUUAUUUUUUUAAAGGUUUUAAAGUUUAUUUAUCAAUUAUAUAUAGUGACAUACAUGUUUGAAGAUUUACAUAUCGUGAUGAAAACAUUUUAAGAUAUAAAAGUGAACAUUGUUUCACUGCAUCAUCGGUAUACAACAAUUCGCUAUGUACUUCAUCUAUGACAUUGUAUAGUCUGUAUAGUUCCCUAGCAAGUUAUUAGACCCUGGUUGGUGGUGUCCCUUUUCUACUUGGUUGAGGUGUGUUAGGGACUGUCACGCUGUGAGCGUGCGGUAGUAGGUUGCUUGCACUCUAGGGGCGUAUUGGUAAGUUGAUGAUUAAUUAUCGUGUUUGGUACCUCUUAAGAAGUGUAGCCAUGGGGCCAAGUAUCCCUGUAUUCCUUGUAUUUAUGUGAAAAGGAGUAUGUGAGUUCCUCCAGGAUUCUAAUGGAAUCGACUCUCGUGAUCCAUUCUCUAAUGGAGGGGCCCCUAGUUUGUUUCCAUUUGGUUGGGAUUAGGCUGUUUGCGGCGGUGAUCAAGUGGUUGGUCAGUAUGCGCUGGUGUUUGGCCAUAGGGGUGGGGUAUAUCAUGAGUAGCAUAACUUUCAGAUCACAGGGUAGCCUACGGCCUGUGAUGGGGAGUAUGAGGUCUGUUAUCUUAUGCCAGUACUCCUGUAUUAUUAUUAUUAUUAUCAUUAUUAUUUACUGCUAGUACUGGAUAUUGGAAACAUAUUUUAAGAACAUGUUAACCAGCCAUAACAAGUUAUAUAAAAUAUAAAUAAUAUGUAUUGUUGAAGAUUGAAAGAGCAAACAUUAGUUCAAAUAGAGAAUCAGAAACAUAGACCAACUCAGCUAUUUUACCCCGAGAAGGCCAAUGCUGGCACAGAACACUACUGAGCAUCUCAACUUCUGAAAUAAAAUCUGCUUCAAUGAUGUCAGCUCUCUGUUCCCCAAGAACGCAUUUAGCAAUGUAUUUAGAUGUUUCCACAUUCUAUUUUACAGAUCCUAAAUUCCAAAGCUGCUGAUCAAACUCCAUAUAUUCAUGUAGGGGUUCUUCUUCUGCAGUAUUUCCUUGCUUAGUAAAUCUACCCUUUACAUUUUUAUUUACAGUGAAUGGGCAGGCACAACUAGGAUAACUUUAGUUAACUUUAGUUAACUUGCAUUGCCCUGGGAAUCUUUAUUACUUAAUUUUUCGUUCUUUUUAUGCAGAACCUAGAUGGAUCUUGUAUCCAGUCAAUAAACAUAAUUCUCAGCCAUGACCCCAGGAAGCAGUUGACCUUGACUCAUUCUGGAGACGUGCUGAUGUUUGACCAGUAUAAAAUCAAUCUGCCCUACACAGACGGUAUGCUGCAUAAUCUUCUCAUGUUUUGAUCUUCAGCCUUAUAUUGAUUUUAGUUUGUUAGAGAAAUGAUGUGCAUGGUCAAAAGUGUCCAAUUAUUUUAAACUAUGAAACUAUAAAAUAUAAAUAUAUAUUCAGAGUUUGUGAUAUGAAUGUAACAAUGAUGUAAUCUAGUGAUAGUAUUAUUCGGUCAAUGCAUUAAAUGCAGGCCAUGUCCACUCUAAGAAAUGUACAUUGGCAAAUCAGCCUUACACUUCGUCUCAGUUUGAUAAACAAGUACCAUUACAUUGUAUUAUUGUCACUAUGUAUCUUCUGCCAAUUAAAGGAUCACUAUAGUGUCAGGAAAACAAAUCUUACCUCUCCUCCCCCGCAAAUGUCAGCUCCCCCGUCUGACGUCAGCGGAGCGGAAUGCGCAUGCGCGGCAGUGCCGCACGCGCAUUCAAAGUGUCCAUAGGAAAGCAUUUCUCAAUGCUUUCCUAUGGAUGAUCUGCGUGAUGGAGGCAUAAUAUGCCUCCAGCGUCGCAGAUGCGCCUCUAUCAGCUGUCCGGAAGACAGGCACUAGAGGCUGGCUUAAUCCCAAAUGUAAACAUAGCAGUUUCUCUGAAACUGCUAUGUUUACAGCAGGCAGGGUUAACCCUAGAGGGACCUGGCACCCAGACCACUUCAUUGAGCUGAAGUGGUCUAGGUGACUAUAGUAUCCCUUUAAGUAAUGGUUUAUUGAAGUGCUUUAAGUUCUUUCAGGAGAACAGGAACAUUAUAAAGAAACAUUUAUAAAUAUACAUUUUGAGAGGAAUGCAGAAUAAAAUGCUUACAUACAUUAACAACUACCCAUGUGCAAACAUUUUUCAUGUUGUUUCCACAGAUGUUUUUGAAGUUAGAAAGUUGUCCUCUAUCAUUCUUCAUGUGAAGACAAACAUCGGGUUACAACUGCUUUAUGACUGGAGUGGACUGAGGCUUUAUCUUAAGCUAGACGGAAGAUGGCAUGAUGAUACAAUCGGACUUUGUGGAACCUUCAAUGGAAAUACAGAAGAUGAUUUUCUGUAGGUACUCACUAGGUAUAUUUCUUAAAGUGGAUUAGCAUUUUGGUAUAUUUUACAUUUUAAACAGAGAGAAAUACAUAUAAUAUAUUUAUUUGCCGGAAGGUUUCUCCUUUUCCUAUUCUGCCUAUAUGUCUGGUGUUUUUAUAAUAGAUAUGUAAAUGUAGGUAUUAUUUUAUGCCAUGACUUUCUCAUUCUGUAGGCAAUCUAAGGUAAAAAUUAGAAUGUCAUUUACCUACCAGAAAGUAAUCUUUCAUUGUCUCAUAACAUAUGUCGCCUUCGUGACUAAUAUGAAAAUGGCGGCAAAUCACAUGAUGUCAGAGACACUAUUGCCUACUGCUUUAAUCUGUUUUAUGUUGGGUUUUUUUUGAAUACCAAAAUCAAGCUGUAAUAAGGUUUGCAUGGAGAUGCUUUGCUCAGAAUUAAUAUUCUGGACACUUUGCACAACAGACAUUUCAGUGGUGAACAUGCCUUUGGGGAAUUUAAAUUAAAACAUUGGUGUCAUUGAAGGAUUGAUACCACGAUGAAAGGGGCUGUAGUUACAUGGUGCUCGUAUGAAUGUAGAUCUAUAACAGCAGCACUCAAAGGAUGGUCAACAUAUUGAAUUUUUCAUUUUAAGUUGAAAGUUCAUUUUAGAUUGCUAGAACUAGUUCUAUUGACUGAAUGAACAUUCCUUCUUAUUUUAUUUUAUAAUGAAAGAUCUCCUGCUGGGGUCCCAGAAAGUACACCACAGCUCUUCGGGAAUGCCUGGAAGAUAUCUUCAGCGUGUGGUUCUGAAUAUUUCCCAUCUUCCUUGGAUCCUUGUGAUGUGCAUUUACAAGCUGGUGAGAAAUAAUAGCACACAACAAUCUUCAAUGACUUCAUUAAUGAACAUUCUGCUCUCCAGCUGUUGUGACUAAGUUUGCCCGAUGCCCCAAAGCAAUCAAGCUAAAGUGUCCACCGCUGCCAAUGAAAUGAGCAUUAUAAGCAUUCAAAGGCUCUGACCCUUAAACAGCAUUGAUAUAAAAACAUCUGGUUUCAAUUGUAGUAACUCGUUCUGUGAUGGACUGUCCUUUCCCCCAAAAUAAAACAUGCUUGAACUUACCUCUUUUCCCUCAUCUUGGCCAAAUUCUCUCUCUGCUAUAUCCUCCUUAACUGACUUUACAGAGAGGAAUGUCAGGGAGGACAAACUGAGGUGAGGACAGGGAUGGCACAAAGAAGAGGGGCAUCUGCCAUUAUCUGUCUGUCGCCACCAUGCUGUAUGUUCUGUUUUGCACAAAAUUGACAUUAGCCACACAGAACUUUGAAUGAUGCUGCCAAAGGUGGCAGUGAAGGUGUUAUUCUAGUAAUGUGCAGCAUUUCAAAGUGAAAUGCUGUGCAAACAGUCUCUGUGCUCCAUGACCACUUCAAAUCAAUGAAGUGGUCAUGGUGCUUGGAGUGACACAUUAUUACUUUCUCUUAGAUGCAAUAAGUCUUGAUGCAGUAAAAGAAAAAACACAUUAGUUUUAGAUACACAUUUGAAUCUCUCUGAGCAAUUCAUACAAAUGUAUUUUAUGCCCAAGAGGUAGAUCCCCAGAUGUUUUAAAACUACGGCUUCCAUGAUAUUUUGUCAUUUUAAAGGCAUGCAAAACAUCAUGGGAGUUGUAGUUCUGCAACAUCUGGGAUCUACCUUUUGGGCACCCCUGUGCUAAGGCAUUCAUCAUAUUGUCAACUCACUGCUUCUCUCUCUCUCUCUCUCUCUCUCUCUCUCUCUCUUUCUUUCUCUUUUCUAACUGGUUUUGUCAUUGUUAGCUAAUUUAAGCUCUCUCCACCCUGAGGUUCUGUUUACAUUGCCUACCUGCCGUUUUAUACACCAUUGUAAAACUGUGACACAUCAUUCAUUUGUUGGUGCUAUGUAAAUGAUAAUACUAUAUGAUAAUACAUAAAACGGAAUAAUGAUGUGAUUCAUUGUGUUUGUGCCAGCUUCCUAUGCAGCAGAGAGUUGUAGCAUCCUCACCAAAGAGUUGUUUGCUCCCUGCCACCCGUACCUGAGCCCCGUUUCUUACUACGAACAAUGCCGGAGAGAUACGUGUAAAUGUGGCCAAGCUUGCUUGUGUUCUGCAUUGUCACAUUAUGCCCAUCAGUGCCGCCGGUUUGGAAUAAUCAUUGAUUUUAGAUCCAGCCUCUCAGACUGUGGUAAGUAUAUUUCAUCUUAAAAAGUAGUACGUAGUGGAGUGGAUGGUUGAUGAAUACGUUGACAUGUUCAAUAUUGUUAUAACAAGAUUUUAUCAUCAGAAAGACGCUACAGUCUGAUCUUACGCACUAUCGUGCUAGAAGCCCCAUUUUCAAAUCAACUUUUUGACACAGUGAUAAGCAGACAUGAAUCGGAUAUUAAUACUUAGAUUCCCGUUGUGUUCUGGGUUUUGUAAACAUAAUGUAAAAUUGUUACUUUAGCUUCUCCACCAAAAUCAUUUCAUUAUAAAACAAAAGUAGCAUUUGUUUGAAGCGUAAAAUUACUUCCUCAUAAAAAAAGAAAGCAAACAGUUCUUUUGUGUAUAGCUUGCUAUUCAGUGUUACUUAUAUAUUUUUCAAUUGACAAAAUUGCAAUUUUUAAUUAAUGUUUUACAGUAAAAUUGAUGGUGGAGGGAAGAUUAUAUGGUAUAAUACAUGCAAUAUUUCAGACAGAGUAUGUUUGGCAAAAUAAAAUAAAUAAGAUCAAUUAAAAUGGUCAAGCAUCCUGCUGAUGAGUAUUUGUUAGGACUUUUUGGGAAUGUAAGUUUCCAAGCCCUCCAGAAGAAUUCUUGCAUUACUUCUGUGCUAUGAGAAGCAACUAAUCAGAUUCAGAUACACUUGUUCAACGGAUCUAGAGUCAAGGGUGAGAUAAGUGGAAUAGUGUAGGCUACAUUGACUUUUUUGUCACUGCCUAUGCAGAGCUCGUGUUGGAAGAUAUGUGGGAAAUCAAAUUAUUGUGUGAAAAUAGGAUUGCUUAUAUAAACAUAAUGUUUAUGUUGUUUUGGGACUAUUGCCAGGAGAUAUGAUGAAAAUGUAAACUGAAUGUCACGCAGGCUAAUUCACUAAAGUGAGACUUGUCAGGAAUUCAAAGAGAAUUUUUAAUUUAAGGCAAAAGUAGCCUAACUGGAAAAAUUCUUAAAGUUAGCAAUGCAUCCGGUUUAAUUACUUUUGCCUUAAAUGUGAAAUUAGCUUUGAAUCUCAAACAAUUUUCACUUUAGUAAAUAAACCCCAACAAUGUUACUUUCCUCCUUACAGUAAUAUUGUGUGAAGAUACAAUGGAAUAUGGAACUUGUGUAUCUACGUGUGGCCAAACUUGCCAAGCUCUGUCAAUGCCCGAAGCCUGUGAUGAAGACUGUGUGGAAGGCUGUGCAUGUCCAAAAGGAAUGUUUUUAGACAUCAGAACAGACAGAUGUGUAGAAAGGUAAGAUUUACCUGGGUUACAUAAGGGAAGAUAUUAUAAUACUGAUCUAUCGAAUGCAUUUGCCAAACUUCAGAAAUAAGCCUUUUACACCCAAACAAAUGUUUCAGGAAAAACCCUUAAUGUGCCAGAUGGCAAACAUACUUUGUGAAGAGUUGGACAAAGCUGUCCGGCACUUACAGAGUUAAAGAGAUCAUAUACGUUUGUAAUGACACACAUUAUAAACACAUUAUAAAUAGAGAUGUCGCGAACUGUCCCCCGAACUGUUCGCGAACUGUCCGCCGGCGAACAAUAGCGUGUUCGCGUUGGGCGAACAUAUCCGAUUUCCGGUCCGCCCCCUAUACGUCAUCAUUGAGUAAACUUUGACCCGGAACCUCACAGCCGGCAGACACAGUCCACCCAAUCAGCAGCAGACUCUCCCUCCCAGGACGUGUCUGCUGACUGUGAGGUUCCGGGUCAAAGUUUACUCAAUGAUGACGUAUAGGGGGCGGACCGGAAAUCGGAUAUGUUCGCCCAACGCGAACACGCUAUUGUUCGCCGGCGGACAGUUCGCGAACAGUUCGGCGGACAGUUCGCGACAUCUCUAAUUAUAAACAAUUAUCUUUUAACCGUUAGCAUGUCAGAGAGACAGUCAUGAGCUAAUCCAUUUGUCAUAUGGCAAAUAAUGGUAGUCAUAGCUACCUUUUAGCAAAUAUUAUUAAUCAAGUAGAGGUUUUUUGUUUAGUGAAUUUUAUGAUUAUUCUAAUAUAUUAUCAAAUAGUUAAUUUAGAGGAGGGAUAGGCAACCUUCGGCACUCCAUAUGUUUUGGACUAUAUCUCCCAUAAUGCUCUUACACCUUUAUUGCUGGCAAAGCAUCAUGGGAGGUGUAGUCCAAAACAUCUGGAGUGCCGAAGGUCAUCUAUGCCUGAUUUUUUAGUUUUGGCUGAUUUGGUUACAUAUACAUUGCAUGUUUUGUCUGUGCACAUUUAUGUUCUAAAUUUGUUACCAUAAUGUAAUUAUAUUGUUAAUAUUUUCAAUUAUUUUUACAAUUAUAGCUUUUUGGUAUAUGUACCUCCCUGGUAUGUCCGGAGGCACUAUUUCAUCAGCUAUAGCAUGUCAGAAUUUUUUUAUUUAUUUAUUUUGUAAUUAGAAGUUUUACUAACUGAGAAUUUGUGCUCGCAGAGAUGUAUUUUUUAUUUCAAGAGUACAUCCUUAUGCACGGUUCUGGAGUUCACUUACAGAGUUACUAACUAAAUUGUAAAUUGUCAGGAAUUCAAAGUGAAAUCAAAAUGAAUUUAAAAUUGUAGCAUUAAUGUUAGUGUUCCUUUAAUGAUUAACCAUAUGCGGUUGAGUGUCAAGUAGUUCUAUAACAUGUUUCCAUAAAAUUUGAUGUUGUUUUUAAAAUUAUUUUGGUGCUAUAUACUGUAUAUCAGUGGUUUGCAAACUUUUUAGGUUCAAGGCACCCUAAUAUUUCAAUAUUUUUUUAAGGCACCCCAGGUCAAAAUUUCUAGGUUGUAUAUCUGUACAGCGCUGUGGCAUUUAUUGGUGCUAUUGUGUAAUGUACAGUGUUGGGAUUUGAAGGGGUGCUUGUAUAUCGUUUGUGUUUUAAUACAGGGGUGUGUUUUUAAGUAAUGUUUGCGUUUGAUUGCAUGCAUGUGUCUGAAUGUAAUGUUCACUUUUAGAUGUGGAUGUACAUUUGUGUGAAGUAUUUGUGUUUGAGUGAAGGGGUGUGUUUGUAUAUUUUUUGGGGAGUUUGAAUGCAGGGGUGUGUUUGUAUGUAAUGUUUGCGUUAGAUUGCAGUAGUGUGUUUGCAUGUUGUACUGGUGUUUGACUGCUUGGAUGCAUGCACACACACUACCACAUACAUACAUACUUACACAGAUAUACAUGCACAUUAACACACAGAUACAUAGAUACACACACACAUAGAUACACACCAACACAUACACACACGCCUUUACACACGUAUACACUGACUUAUACACACCCAGAUGCACAUACACAUGUGUACGCUUAAAGGACUGCGGCACCCGACCGGACCCUGCUCAACAGUUAUUUUUCCCAGUGCUAUAAUCAUAGCACCGGGGAAACAUUCUGCGGCACCCGUGUGGGCACACUGUUUGGGAACCGCUGCUGUAUAUACUACCUUGGGAAUGCAAACUACAUUUCUCAUUAAGCUCAGCCUGCCCUUAAGUGGGUUACAAUGCCACGCAUAUGAUAGAUCGAAUUAGACAGUUUUUGAGAAAUACUCACAGGUUUUGGUUGAACUGACUGCAGCGUAGUGUUAACUGCCAAUAGUUAGGCUCACAUUUAGCUGAGCUGCCUCUAACUCCAUACUGAUGGUAUCUUUUUAUGCUAUUUUACAGGAGUGAAUGUCCCUGUUACUUCCAAGGAAUAGACUAUCAUCCAGGAGAAAAUAUAAUUACUUCCCUAGGCAAAUGGUAAGAAAAAUAAGCACUUAAUGAAGAGCAACAAUUUAGACUGAAAAUAAUUGAGAUGCUGUGCCAAUUGUAGUACUCACAUUUUCUAUGUGAUAAUUUGGAAACUUCUGCAUUGCCCUGGUGGCUUAGAGAAGCCAGGCUUCGGGAGUCAGGAGAGACUAGCUAUACUGUCAAAUGGACUUGGAGAUCCAUUCCUCGUUGAACUGCAGUUUUGCCAAAUUUGGGCUGAUGAGGUGAUCAGUCAGAUUGCCAAACUUCAAGCUGAAAUGUACCCAAAUCACACACUAAUCGAAAUGCGCAAUGUCCAAGCAUGCUUCUCAUUCUGAAUUAUGCUUGUGGUUCCAAAAAGAGAUGAUUGGUAUCUAAGGGACAGUCACUUAAUGUUGAGUUUAUUUAAAGAUCAAGUGAGAAGUGACCAAAAGAGAAAAAAAAGAGGAGCAGGAGAAAAUCUAUAUUUGAAUAUUAUAUAAUGUGCAUAUUGCUCAGAAUUGCAUUCAUUGGCUGAGAGUGGUCAGCUAAUGCUGUCAGCCAAUGAAUGGCUGGUGGGAUCGAUGUCAGGCUUCAGCAGCUCUGCAGAAGCCAGAUGUCAUCACUGACUAGAGAAGACACCAGAAGCCCAGGUAAAAAGGCAAAUCAUUUUUGUUUGUGCAUUUACUGGGAAAGACUCCGGAACUGUAAUGGUUAUGAUACUUGGAGUAACUCUUAAAAUAUACAUAGACAUUAGUUCAUGCUAAAGUGAGACUUGUUUAACAUUUUAUUUAAUUAUUGGCAAUUGCUUAAAAAUGAUAAACAUUUACAGAUUGAAAACUGUAGUAUAUUUCUUUUAUGUAUUGUUCAUGUAUUGUAUAUUUCAUGCAAAAAUAUCUUAUAGUUCUAAUUGUCAUUUAUCACAGCCACUGCACUAAUGGAACAAUGAACUGUGAGAGCUAUGAUGUUGGUAAGGAAACAGCCAAAUAAAUUUUCUAUAUUAACAUAAAAUAUAGUUGACCCUUGUUAUUGUAACUGGAAGCUUGAUUCUUUUGUUAGUUCUUGAAAAUCUUGAAGUUGUUUUUCUUAUUAUUUCAUAGUUUUGAAGAAAAAGUACUGGUGUAUUUUAAGAGUGCAAAUGUUUUUAAAUAUGCAGGUAAUUAUUAAAAAAGCAUUAUUCCAUCUAACAAGCUCUGGGUCUUCUCUCAUUUCACAGUUAAUAAUUGCCCUGUUGGUCAGGUCUAUUAUAACUGCAGUAAUCCAGCAGAAGAUGUGGAACUGAGUCAAGAGCGGACGUGCGAGAACCAGCUUCUUAAUCUGACUACACCAGCUCAUCUUCCUUGUAUUUCGAGCUGCGUUUGUCCUAAAGGGUAUGUACAGUUGUCUUUAUUACUUCAGAGAUUGACAUGGAAUGAGAAUGGUCCAGAUUUCCAAAUAAAAAAUGGAAGAUCUAGAUAUUGAGAGUCAGAUUGGUGCUGGGUUGGGGGACAGGAGACACAUUUCGUAGAACCAGGCACCGAGGUGUCAUAAGUAUAUAAGGAACACAUAACCUUUAUUUUAAAAAUGGCACUAGUUGCUCAAGUUAACCAUCUGGAUAUCUCUGUUAUUGAUGAUCCAAAAGAAUUACAUUGAUUUCCAAUUGUGCUGUGAAGCUGUGUUAUCAAUAAUGACCUUGAAGAGUUCCUUUAAACAACAAUUUACUAGUACUGGUCAUACAAACUAAUAUUCUCUUAAUUGCCAUUCUUUUUAACCUGACUACUAAUGUUAGACCCACAUUUUUAUUUAUUUAGAGUCUAAUUUGGUGUAAUGCAAGUUAUUAUUUUUAAUUACUUAAAUUACCUAUUUGUUGUUUAAACAGUCCUUGAUUUGAUUCCAUGUUUAUAUUUCUGUGUUAUUUCAGUUGUUUUAAACACCUAAUUGUAGUGAAUUGAAAAUAAAUUGCAAAAUUUAAGAUUUGGAAAAAUUUUCCAACUUAACUGUAGUCACAUUUUGUUUAUAUAUUAUUUAUUUUUUUACAAUGAUUUAAUUUGUUGUUUUAGUAGAGAGCUGAAGAGCACAGUGGGUGUCAAGGUUAUAUUACUGUACACCCUAAUAAACGCUCCCUAAAAUGAAGUACUAAAGUAACAAAUUAAUCAAAUAUCAUUUAUACAAUAAAUUGGUUGGUUUAUGUUAAGACGGAUAAGAAAUAAAAGCACAAUGAUACAAUUAAGUUAGAUUAAUGUGAGGGCCUUCCAUGAAGAUUUGACAACAAAUACCAUUUAGUAACUUGCAAAGUUUUCCAGAUAAGAGCCUUUGACAAUCGAAACAAUGUAUAUAGGGUUCCCAAUAUUUAAAAAACAAAACAAAAAACAUGUUUCUAAUGUGUGUUGUCUAUACUGAAAGUCCUCAACCUAAUCCAUUUGUAUCCUAAAUUAUACAGGUAGACAUAUAGUCAGAUACCUGGACGAGACAGAGAAAAACAGGUGGACAUGCAUAGUCAGACAGAUAGACAGAUAGGAAGAAUGAUAAAAUGUUUAUCAUUUUUAAGCAAUUGCCCAUAAUUAAAUAAAAUGUAAUGAAAUUUAAAUAGUAAAAAUGUGCAUAUUUUAUUUUAGAUACCCUUGAACAGCAAUCUAUAUAUACAAAAAAUGAUAAAAAAAAUAUAUAUUCUAACUCUCCAAACCAUAUGUUUCAAAUAAAUGUUAUCUGAUAUUUUAAACAAACGAAUUUGGUAGUUUAAGAGGUUAAAGGUAAUUGGGGAUGAAACCGUAUAGCUUAAAAUGAAAGUAUUUUACUAAACUCGGAAUAAUUCAUUAAAAUAAAUCAAACUGGAAACAGAGAUAUUUGUCUCGUUAUUCUAUUUUGGCUCUAAAUGUGCAGCUCUUUUCUUCACAAUUCCUGCUUUACCAAAUAAACAAAAAUACUUUAGUCAUUAUUUUAUUUUCUUUUACAAUCCUCUCCCAUUUCUUUCUCGACCCAAGAUAUUUUAAGUCUGUUUAUGCCGUAUGCUGUAAACAGGUGCCGUGCCAGAUCAAAUAUCUGGUAAGGAGCUUAAACGGAUUCCUUGAAAAUCAUCACUUUUUAAUUUACUACCAGAUAUAAUAAAGGUUUUAUGUUAGCUUCUAAAUUAUUCUAAAACAGAGUAAUUUUGCUUAACAAUACUCUGGAAACCCGCUAUAGACACAGCAUUGUGCAAAACAAUUCACAACGGCCACUAGCUCUAUUUGUAACUUUGUCAUCGGUGCACGGUACGCCGACGAGAUGACGGGAAAAUGGCCAUAAAAAUGCUUCUCUCUCUAUUCCCUAGUUCCACUUGAGCAACAUUUUAAUUUGCAACUGGGACCUAUUUAGCCUUGAAACUACAUAAAGCCCCAAGACUUGGCCACAGUUACUGUUUUUAAGAUUACUAUUUUUAUGAAACAUUCCUGACGUUAAAGCUGCACUAUCACUUUUUCAACAAAGAAAAAAUCUGUUGGCAAAACUCAUAUAGACUGCUGGAGAAUCCUAUAGAAUUUUAAACACAAUUUAAAAAAAAAAAUACACCAUAAAGCUCUGUUCGAGAAUAUUGUGCCUCCUCAACACAUCAAUUUCUGGCAAAAUGUGACCAGUGGCAGGAAUAUGAAGAGCUUCUGGCUGUCACAUCUUGCCAUUUCCAUCAGACAUCACUAGCAACUCAUGAUGGAAACACGCUUCUUCUAAUGUUUUGUACUACAGAUGUUUUGGUGGUAUCUAUGGACAAGUAGAAAAAAAGAGGAAUUGGGGUGCACAACCAGAACAUGCAUUUUACAGCAGUGGUGCUGCUGUGAAGAACACAAUAUAUAGAAAAUACAGAUUAAGGUAACAGCGCACACAGAAAAAAAUUUAGUUUCAAAUUUUACGAGACUAUUUAAAAUCACCUAUCUUAGCAAACAAAUAUUGGAAUUCAGUUACACAUCACAUGACUGUAUAAUUUUAAGCUCACCACCACUUCACAGUAGACACGUGCAAUUCGUUUCGGUCCAAAUUUAAAAUUAGACAAAUUUCGGCAAUUCAGACAUUUGGAUGCUUGGGAAUGUCCGAAGUGCCGAAUUUCGGAAAUGCCAAAGUGCUUCGGAUUUCUGAAAACUGGCAAAACAGGAGAGGGAGGGAAAAUGAUUACAGGAAUCAACCUCUAACCCUAACCCUUACCCUCACGAAUUUUGGAAGCAUCGAACCGAACCAAAUUUUUUGCCCAAGCCCAUCCAUACUUCACAGUACCCCAAUAUCGGUGGGUCCUACUCUAAUAGAAGAUGAACAUGCUGCAACACUUAGUGCUUAAAGUUUUAGUCAGGGCCAUCUUUAACGCGGGGCAAACGGGGCAGCUGCCCCGGGCCCUGUCCCUGCUGGGGGGCCCGAGGUAACUGCCCUGUUUGCUCUCUGCCCGCAAACUAUGGGGCCCAUUGGGUGGCCCAUGCACUUAGGGCAACCCGGUGGGCCUGUGCCAGCAGGGGCCCGGUCGGGCGCUGUGGCGCUUUAACAGCGCGACCGGGCCCUUGCUUUUCGGCAGCACUGGGAGGAAGUGACAGCCGUGCGUCACUUCCUCCCACAGAAACAGGAGCCGCGCGGGAGGAAGAAGCUGUUCCGGAGGGGGCCGGGCCGGUAGAGCUUAACUCCCAGCCACCCCAGCCAGCCCACUGGACCCCAGGGAAGCCACCCUCCAGAAAUAGGUAAGAAACUGGAGGGUGGUUAUCAAAGUCUGUCAGUGUAUCUGUAUGUCUGUGUGUGUGUGAGUCUGUCAGUGUCUGUGGUUCAGUAUGUCUGUGUAACGGAACCGCUGGCACCCCGACCGGGUACCUUCCGCCGACGGAUGCUCCUAGUGCUUUCCGAGGACUCCAAGCACUCUGUCUGACACUAUAACCACUGCAGACCCCACGAACCGCUGCAGCUUGGUUGGGGUCUCGCCGUCUCCACCCACUCUGGACCCAGGACCAGGGUCCAGCUUCCAGCAGGUCGACCUCUCUCCAAAUUCCAGAGAGCAGGAACAGGAACAAGCUCUUAGCAGAGCUUAGUGAUUAUACCCUGGGGAGUAUAGUGAUUAUAGCAAUCCCCAGAGUGUAGUUUCUCCAAUCCCCCAAACAUGAGCCGAAACUUCAUGAAGGUACAAGAUGAUCUGACUCCAAUGAGCGUUUAUUACUCCUUAUAUACAAGUUUUCAGGUCAGAGGCACACCCCCUGGACCUGGUGGUAAACUGUGACAAAAGGGACACAAACCAAUGGGAACACUAAUUAACAUGAUAACACUCUCACAUACACAAUGAAAUCCCUCCUCUCCAUCCUGGAGAUAAUUGGCUUAAGGCACUGCAGUAAACUCAAUUAUCUCCAGGUACAGAAAAUAUCUACAUUUAACACUAACAGCAAAAUACGUAAAAGUACAUAAAAAUACAUAAUUCUUAUUUUAUUACACAGAACCCCCACAUUUAACCUAUCCCCAGAUAGCUCGGAUCUGAGCGCCCAAUCUAGGUGAACAGCGCUCAGAUCCCAUGAACAGAGUAGAUUUUCCUUGGGGUAAAGCAUAGCAAGGGCUGUUGAGAAACCAAGGAGGGACAAAAGCAGUCAGUUCCAACUGGUUUGGCAGUGUGCCUGGGACAACGCCCUGCUGGACAACAAUAGACAGGAAACGGGGGAGGGGAAGAAACACACCUUCCCAUGGAUUCAAAUGGGAAGAAACUGUCUUCAGAAGCCAAUAAGCCCCAAAUAGUCUUUUUAAAUGGCAAUACACCCCAGGGCCAUAGUCAUGAGGAAGGAGGCUGGCAAUCAGGCUCCUCCAACAGCCGGGGGCAAAGGGCAGCUUGUCACCUAACAAUCCAGGGACAAAAGGCAUUUCGUCACACAUCUCCCUUUUGGGGGGGAGACUAACCAGGUACCUGACCUGUCGGUCAGUGCCUGAGUUAGUCGAUAAACCCACCCACAGUGAACAAGUACAUGAGUAGCCCACCCACAACACACAUUUACUGCACCUAGGGAUUCCUCUGAUGUCACUGGGUAACACGCUUUGGGUGCUUGGGGGGUAGAGGCCAACUGCGCUCUGCCCCAAUGCCAGCGCUUCGGCUGGGGCAGCUGGGUUAGGCCUUGGCUGGGGAGGGGAAAUAGUACUUACCCCCUCCUCCUGGUGUCCCUGCAAGGGUAGUUGGGGAUCUGGACAGGCUGUCCAACAUCCCUGUAAGUCGGGUGCAGAGACCACGGUCUCCUCUGCACCUUCUGGGGGACUAGUGUCUCCUCUUUGUGGGGUAAGUUGCCACUGGGGAGGAAGGACGGCACCUUCGGCUCCCUGGGAUACACACUGCCGCUGGGGAGGAAGGACGACACCUUCUGCUCCCUGGGGUACACACUGCCGCUGGGGAGGAAGGACGGUACCUUCAGCUCCCUGGGAUACAUACUGCCGCUGGGGAGGAAGGACGACACCUUCAGCUCCCUGGGUUACACACUGCCGCUGGGGAGGAAGGACGGUACCUUCAGCUCACUGGGAUACAUAUUGCCGCUGGGGAGAGAGACUGGUUAUCUCUUCUCCCUUGUCAACACACUGCCGCUGGGAGUCAGACCGACUGUCUCGACUCCCAGUGAUGAUGGUUGCUGCAGGGACGAGGGACCGACAAUCUCCUCUCCCUGGGAUGCUGUCUGCCGCUGGGGAGAGAGACCGGUUGUCUCUUCUCCCUUGACAACACACUGCCGCUGGGGAGGAAGGACUGUACCUUCAGCUCCCUGGGAUACAUACUGCCGCUGGGGAGGAAGGACGACACCUUCAGCUCCCUGGGGUACACACUGCCGCUGGGGAGAGAGACCGGUUGUCUCUUCUCCCUUGUCAACACACUGCCGCUGGGGAGUCAGACCGACUAUCUCGACUCCCAGUGAUGAUGGUUGCUGCAGGGACGAGGGACCAACAAUCUCCUCUCCCUGGAUGCUGUCUGCCGCUGGGGAGAGAGACCGGUUGUCUCUUCUCCCUUGACAACACACUGCCGCUGGGGAGUCAGACCGACUGUCUCGACUCCCAGUGAUGAUGGUUGUUGCAGGGACGAGGGACCGACAAUCUCCUCGCCCUGGGAUGCUGUCUGCCGCUGGGGAGAGAGAUCAAUUGGCCACAGCCCCAAUCUCUGCAAUCGGAGCUCAAAUUCCCAUGCCGCUCGAUUCUCCUCAUCCAACUUGCGCAUGGUUGCCAGAAUCGCCUCUGUCGAAAGAUUCGGGCCAUAUCUGGUUAACCGCCUCUUGACCUCCUCCCUGUAAGCGUUGCCCUCAAAGCGAUGGGUCAUGUUUGCUGUGAACAGGGGCGCUGUACGAAUACUAGCGUUGCCCUCAAAUUGUAAUUCCAAAUGUUACUGGUGCCUCUGCGCUGCUUCUCCUCGCACUAGGACGCCAUCCCACCGCUGCCACCAAUGUAACGGAACCGCUGGCACCCCGACCGGGUACCUUCCGCCGACGGAUGCUCCUAGUGCUUUCCGCGGACUCCAAGCACUCUGUCUGACACCAUAACCACUGCAGACCCCACGAACCGCCGCAGCUUGGUUGGGGUCUCGCCGUCUCCACCCACUCUGGACCCAGGACCAGGGUCCAGCUUCCAGCAGGUCGACCUCUCUCCAAAUUCCAGAGAGCAGGAACAGGAACAAGCUCUUAGCAGAGCUUAGUGAUUAUACCCUGGGGAGUAUAGUGAUUAUAGCAAUCCCCAGAGUGUAGUUUCUCCAAUCCCCCAAACAUGAGCCGAAACUUCAUGAAGGUACAAGAUGAUCUGACUCCAAUGAGCGUUUAUUACUCCUUAUAUACAAGUUUUCAGGUCAGAGGCACACCCCCUGGACCUGGUGGUAAACUGUGACAAAAGGGACACAAACCAAUGGGAACACUAAUUAACAUGAUAACACUCUCACAUACACAAUGAAAUCCCUCCUCUCCAUCCUGGAGAUAAUUGGCUUAAGGCACUGCAGUAAACUCAAUUAUCUCCAGGUACAGAAAAUAUCUACAUUUAACACUAACAGCAAAAUACGUAAAAGUACAUAAAAAUACAUAAUUCUUAUUUUAUUACACAGAACCCCCACAUUUAACCUAUCCCCAGAUAGCUCGGAUCUGAGCGCCCAAUCUAGGUGAACAGCGCUCAGAUCCCAUGAACAGAGUAGAUUUUCCUUGGGGUAAAGCAUAGCAAGGGCUGUUGAGAAACCAAGGAGGGACAAAAGCAGUCAGUUCCAACUGGUUUGGCAGUGUGCCUGGGACAACGCCCUGCUGGACAACAAUAGACAGGAAACGGGGGAGGGGAAGAAACACACCUUCCCAUGGAUUCAAAUGGGAAGAAACUGUCUUCAGAAGCCAAUAAGCCCCAAAUAGUCUUUUUAAAUGGCAAUACACCCCAGGGCCAUAGUCAUGAGGAAGGAGUCUGGCAAUCAGGCUCCUCCAACAGCCGGGGGCAAAGGGCAGCUUGUCACCUAACAAUCCAGGGACAAAAGGCAUUUCGUCACAGUCUGUAUGUGUGUAUGUCUGUCAGUGUGUCAGUAUGUCUGUGUGUGAGUCUGUCAGUGUCUGUGGUUCAGUGUGUAUGUGUGUUUCAGUAUGGCUGUCUGUGUAUGUCAAAAUGUCUGGAUGUGUGUUUGUCUGUCAGUGUCUGUGUGUAUGUGUGUUUCAGCAUGUCUGUCUGUCUGUGUGUAUGUGUGUUUCAGCAUGUCUGUCUGUUUGUGUAUGUGUGUUUCAGCAUGUCUGUCUGUAUGUGUGUAUGUGUGUUUCAGCAUGUCUGUCUGUCUGUGUGCCAGAAUGUCUGUCUGUGUGCCAGAAUGUCUGUCUGUGUGCCAUGUCUGUCAGUGUGUCAGUAUGUCUGUGUCUGUGAGUCUGUCAGUGUCUGUGUGUUUCAGUAUGGCUGUCUGUGAGUUUCAAAAUGUCUGUAUGUGUGUAUAUCUGUCAGUGUCUUUGUCUGUGUGUUUCAGUCUGUCUGUGUGUGUGUGCCAGAAUGUGUGUAUGUCUGUCAGUAUGUCUAUGUGUGAGUCUGUCAGUGUGGUUCUGUAUGUCUGUGCUUGCCAAUAUGUCUGUCAAUGUCUGUGUGUAUGUGUGUUUCAGUAUGUUCGUCUGUCUGUGUGUAUAUGUGCCAGUAUGUCUGUCAGUGUAUCUGUGUGUGUGAGAGUCCAUCAGUGUCUGUGUGGUUCAGUAUGUCUUUGUGUAUGUGUGUUUCAGUAUGGUUUUCUGUGUGUGAGUCUGUGUCAGUACGUCUGUCAGAAUGUGUCUCUGUAUCUGUAUGUUGUCCAUUUGUAUUUGUGUGUGUAUCUGUAUGUGUCAGUGUUUGUAUCUGUAUAUCUGCAUGUGUGUCAGGUUGUGUAUCUGUGUGUCUGUCUGUCAGUGUGUGUGUCGGUGUAUCUAUAAGUAGUCAGUGUGUGUACCUUUGUAUCUGCAUGUAUGUCAGUGUUUGUAUCUGUGUGUGUGUCUAUGUGUGUGUCAGUGUAUCUAUAUGUAGUCUGUGUGUAUCUGUAUGUUCUUGUGUGUAUCUAUAUGUGGUCAGUGUGUAUCUGCAUGUGUGUCAGGUAGUGUAUUUGUGUGUAUCUAGACGUAGUCAGGGGGCCCAAGUAAAUGCUCGCCCAGGGUCCAAUCUAAAUUAAAGACAGCCCUGGUUUUAGUAUAGGCAACAAAACAACUUUAGCUUAAUGAAGCAGUUUGUGUGGAUAGAUCAUAUCUCUGCAGUCUCACUGUGCAAGUUAUAGCACUUUGUUUAUGCAGCCCUAGUCACAUCUCCCUGCAUGUGACUUCCACAGCCUUCCUAAACACUUCCUGUGAAGUGAGAUCUAAUGUUAAAACUUCCGUUACUGGGCCGCCUGUUUAAUCUAGAAUUUCUUAUCUCCUUCUCUGUUAAUAACCUUCUAGGCCCUGCAGGGGCCCCUUUGUGUGUGACUGAAGUUUAAUUUACAGAGUAGUAGAUACAAAUGUCUAAAGCAAGUUAAAAUCUAGUGAAAAUGAAAAACAAAAUUGCAUGCAGGCUGUGUGUGUCACGACCAGGGGAGGUGUGGAUGGAGCUGCAUUGACAGAAACAUAAAGUGAUUUAUCUCCUAACUGGCAGAGAAUUGGCAGUUAGACUGCAGAGACAUAAUCUAUACACUAAAACUGCUUUAUUAAAGCUAAAGUUGUUUGGUGCCUACAGUGUCCUUUUAAAAUGCUUGACUAUGUCCAAAGGGGUACCUGGAGUGGAGGCCAGCCCAUCGUUUUGUACCCUGCAAUGUCCCUUCAAUAAUAGUUAAUGGUAAACAUUAUGUGUGUAAUGAUAUUGACACAAUCACAAAGUACAUAGUGCUAGUUUACCUUCCAUUUUUAUUCUGUAUCAUUAUCUAUUUAUCACUCUUUACCUUGGCACCCAUUGAAAAGUUAGGUCUCCAUAUAAUUUUACUUCCUUUGUGCACCUUCUAAUUCAGGAGAUCAGCCUGCAACUACAAAGCAAUACAGGUAUCUGAUCUGCAGCCAAAAUAUGUCCUCUAUUAUUACUUGCUGUACGGAGGUAAAAUCUACUGAACCACUGCGGCUGCUGCCUGGGUUAGAUUCUUGAUAAAAUGUGGUUACUGUUUAUUAGAUAUUGGCAGAAGAGGUUAUUCUGCUUCUCACUGAUUUUUGCACUUUUACAGGCAUUUCAGGCAAAACAAUGCUUCUGGGAUGGAUUUCUAUACUAAAUUAUUUCUUACGCUACUGAAAUUAAUUUUCAAUUGUGAAAAAUAAUGUUUCUAAAAGGGGAAUUGACCCCUGUUUUUUAUGCUUUACAAUUGUGCAAAAAAAAAAAAAAAAUCCUUAAAGAAUAUAUUUUUUAAGUCCCUGUUUAAGUCCCUGCUCUUUUUUUAUUACUUAAUAAAGGGUAUUAGUAGAUGUUUAUGUACACUUGUCUAUAAAAGGUGAUGCCACUUAUAAACUAUUACCAAUUAUAACAACAAACUUGGCAGCAAGGCAAAUAUACGUUCCAUCUUGCCACAAAAAAACAACAAUAUUGUGCGACAAUCAAAGUUUCUGAAGCGUAUAGUAAAGGAAAAGAGAAAGCGGAGCGCAUUAUGACAAUGCAGUAUAUAAACAAUACAUGUAAUACAGUGCAGUACCAAAACUUCCAGUAUUACAAAAUCAAUAUUAACCCCUAAACGGCCACGGACAUACUAGGUACGUCCAACAAAAAAUGGUCGUUAAGGAACACGGACGUACCUAGUGGCAAAUAUGAGCGCUAUACUUACCUGCACCGGCGACCAGAGGUGAUCCCAGUCAGGGGGGACUGCCGAGACCCCAGCAGUCCCCCUGCAGCAGCUCUGGCCGCCCUGGCCCUCCAGCUUUCCUAUGGUAAUAUUGACCAGGGAAAGCUCUGUGUAUUCUGAAAUUAUUGCCUCUUCCUUUCCAUUCUGACCUCUGUAAUGGAUUUAUAGUAAUGCUGGUCCAUGAUGAAGGGGUGUGAGGCUGCUACCUUAUCUACAUACUCAGAGAGUAAGAAUUUUAAUGAGACAGGCCUUCUGAUGCCUAUAGUAACUGAGAGAACUCAAGAGACCAGAAAUGUACCAUUUAAUAGCUAAUCCUUCCAAUGAACUUCCUUGAUUCCCUACUCACUCACCUGAGACUGAUGCAUUCUGAAACUGAAGUAAAGGUUCAGUUUCAGUGGGGAAAAAAAAAAAUAUCUGGAUAGAAGGUCCGAGGUCAGUGAGACUAUUUCCUUAGUCACAGCAGAUAGUUGAAAAAGGACAGAGGGUUCCCGUAGAAUAGAAAACCAAACAGUGCUCGGUUACAUCAGGAAUAACUGCACUGGGAUGGGGGCAGUGGAGGUAUCUAUACUACAGGACUUAUACAGAAACUAAAUUCUAAAUUAAAUAAAGCAUUAAUACAUAGUGUGCACCUGACACAUGGAGAAAGGAAGCACUGGAAAUAAUAAUUGCAAUUUUAUUCUUACAGCGUAUAGCAUAAGCAGAAAAUUCUUAUUCUUUGAUGGUAGUGAUUAUGACAAAUGAAGUUUAGGAGGAAUCAUUCCUCAUGGGUGACAAGACAAAUCUAUUGUCUUAAGCAUAAUUAUUGAUGAUCUCCACUCCAGAAGGACACUGGAAGCUGUGGCGUUCAUCAAUGGUUAGAAAUAAUAUCAUCACCUAUCCAAAUAUAAUUCUUUAAUUUUAAUGCCCAGAUUAUAUAAAUGGCAUCAUAUUAAUAAAAGACAUGGCAGCAUGAAUCUAUUUAAUAAGGUAUAGAAACCUGAUAUUCUCUAUUGCAUCUUAUAUCAAUGGCUUCUAUUAAUCAAACACACUUCUGCCUGUCUGCCUGCUCAGUACUUGUCCUUACAUUUUUGGGCAUAAGGCCAAGGACCUUCAGGCUAAGAAACAACCUUCUUUCUUAGGAAGCAAUAAAGUUCUUUCAUCACAUAAAGUAUAAAUGCAAGUCAUUUUACUGUUUCAGAGAUACAACAUAAAGAAGCUUAUAGAUGAAUUUAAACAGACACUUUAUGGAACAAUGCUUCUAGAUUCAUGUUCUAUUCUAUUCUAUUUUAUUCCAUUCCAUGUACAAAUAUUGCAGAUGCAUUGCAGAUGGGAAAAUAAAUCCCCAAAUAAUUAAAAUGUACUCUUUUGGCUCCUAAAUACAACAGUACAUUAUAAGAUGUUUAAAAUUACAUGUGAGAGUGUUCUAUGGGUAUCUGUAUACCAGUAAUUGGGAAAAAAUACUAAUUUGCUUGGGCUAGCAAAAUUGAAGCUGCUUUUUUAAAAAUUGUAUUCAUGCUAAAUUAUGAUAACAAAUAAUGAUUAUGAUGAUGAUGAUAAUAAAUAAAUUUGUAUAAUAUGGGCUAUGUUUAGGACACCAAACCCCUAUUUAAACAUGGUUAUCAAUUAAACAUCAAAUUGUAAAAUUCAGAUUAAGUAAGGAAGUUGUGAUUUCUGAGUUGGAGAAUUUUGCGAAUUUUUCCAUUUUGCAUAUUUUUGCCUAUAUUUUGCCAUUCAAUUAUCAACAGGAGACCAUUUAUUUGUUUGUUCCAUACUAUUUUCUAUAUAUUCUACCAGCAUUGCACUAGUUAAAGGGGCACUAUAGUCACCAGAACUACAGCUUAGUGUGCCUGCAGGCAUUUUAAUGUAAACACUGCCUUUCCAAAGAAAAAGCAUAGCUGUCUAGGAACACCACUAAUAGCAGUCACUCAGACGACAAAUAGAGGUGCUUCCUGGGUCAGAGCUGCACAUUGUGCAGUUCUGAUCCCUCAUCUCCACACUCUGCAUGGAGGCGCUAAAUGUUCCUUAUAAAGAUGCAUUGAUUAAUUUCCUAUGGGAAAGCAUUGGAUUGGCUGAGAUCAUCAAAGUUGCCAAGGAGGCGGAGCAUAGGUGGGGACAGCCGUGACGAGACCAGCACGUUGUGGGAAAAAGGUAAGUAAAAUACCUUUUUCACAGGAGGCAAGAGGGGCCAGGCAGCUAAACAGUAUAGUGUUUUCACACCUAUGGUGUCAGGAAUACAUGCCUGUCACUAUAGUGUUCCUUUAAAACUUUCUACUAGCAGACGGGAUGGAAGACUGAGAUAUAUUGGGGAGAUUUAUCAAAGUGCCAUUAGCACUUUUGCGCUUAAUAUUUGGAAAAUGUUUGCAAUAAUUUAUUAAAUCUGUUGGGUUUCUUUAUCUGUUGCAUCUUUUGCAUCCUGUUAUUCUUGAAUGCAAGCAUUUUUUCAGACUAACUAAUUUUUCCAUCACGUUAUCCAACAAAAAAGUGUCCUGUAUUCCUUCUCUUUUUUUUUGUACAACUAUAACUUUGGUGUUCUUCACUGUUUGAACAUUUUAAACAUUUGGCUAUCAAAGUAAUGAUAGAACUCAGGUGCCACUUUUCAGAACAUGUUGAUAAAUAUCCGUUCAGUGUGUCUUUGUAUGUGCUGAUAUUUUGGCCACAACCAUUUGUAAUAUAAAAUUAAUUUGGAAAUAAUACAGUUUUUUUUUAUGGUUCUCCUUACGUUUAUCUUGAUUCUACAGCCUGGUCAAACAUGGAGAUGAGUGUUUCGAGCCCAGUGCUUGUCCUUGUUCUUGGAAAGCUAAGGAAUAUUAUCCUGGAGACAUAGUUAAUUCUUCCUGCCAUACAUGGUGAGUUCUCUGUAUUGCAUAAACAAUAAUAUAAAUUACAUUUUUUUUCAGUUUUUACUAGAUUGGGGGAGACAGUCUUGAUAAUGAUGUGUACUUAUGUGACUUUUAUACGAGGUUUUUCUUUUUAUUAAUCUUAUUUAUCUGACAUAGUUUAUUAGCUUUGUCUUAUAAAAUUUGUCUUAAACCUCAUCUUGGUUCUUAUUGUUUGUAUGUAGUAUACAUUCAUCAUUUUAAAUUAUUUAAUAAUUUGCUUUCAUAUUUUCCAUUUUUUUUAAAUCUAAAUUGAAUUAAAAAUUAUACAUUUUGUCUGAUUUAAGUAUUGAUUAUUUUUCCUGACUUUAGGUUGGAUUCUCUUUUACAUACAAAGUUAAAUGUGUAUAAUAUAUUUAAACAUAUAAUAAAGAAAUAAUUCGAUGAGAUGAUCCAUUACAAAAAAAAAAAAACUAGAGAUGUACCCAUUCUGUAAUUCAGGUCUUCUGAUUUACCAGUCAGACUAAGCUGCCAAAUUAGAUUUGUUCUGAUAGAUAAAAUUGAUAUAAUUGGUAGUUCAGCUGCAUAAAUAUUUUAUUUGUCAUAUUUGAAAUGUAAUGAAAGGAUCCCAGACUUUCACUGCUUGAACAGCCUGUCUCCUGCCUGUAAAACACAUAAAAAAAUAUGCAAAUUAAUAAAUGCAUACUAUACAAAACACAAUGUAGCACUUGUUACAAUUAAUUUUCUGAUAUUUAAUUAUAUUAGUGUUUGCCAACACGGGUCCUUUCAGUGCACAUUUCACCCGUGUCCAGCCAUGUGCACAACAUAUGGGGAUCGUCAUUACAAAACGUUUGAUGGCCUGGCAUUUGAUUUUGUGGGGGCAUGUAAAGUCCAUCUCAUUAAGGUAAGAGUAAAAUCUUGUAAAACAUAUAUUAAUGCAAUCUUUCAAUUACUAGAACUAAUUUGUAACAUAUUCGUAACCUCUCCUCACCUGAAAUCCCUCUGUUAACAAACUGCAUCCUUAACCAUGGUUUAAACACUCAUAGGUAUAUGUGAGUGCAUAUAUAUCUAUGAUUAUAUAUGUGCAUAUGUAUAAUUUUCAUAUCUAUAUAACAAAACACAUUUGCUCUAAAUAAUGUUCACCCUUCUAUUUUUCACUUUCACACUAACUUCUCUCAUUACUAAAAUAUCCCUAUCCUUCUGCUCACCUGUCCCUGGCAACACCAUCUUCAUUACUUCCACUUUACUCCCCUUCCUUUCCAGCCUAUCUGAUCCAACUCCUCCCAAAUCCUCUAUAUACAUACCCUCCUACAAAACUUUCAAAUCCUACUCUCCCCUUCACUUCCUUUCUAUCCUUCUGCUCCUAGCAGCUGAUGAUGUCUCUCCAAACCUCGGUCCCAUCUCAGCAAACUCAACACAUACUAACCCAAGGAUCCACACUAAUCUCAUACCCAUCUCAUGUUACUCUUCCUCUAAAUCCUCCUUCAAUACUGCUCUCUGGAAUACACGCUCUGUUUGCAAUAUUACAAAAUCCAGUGCUGUCCAUGACCUCUUCAUCUCUCGUCCCCUAGAUUUACUAGCCUUAACAGAAACAUGGCUCUCCCCCUCUGACACUGCUACCCCUGCAUCUAUAUCCUUUGGUGGUCUUCACCAAGAAACUCUGAAUGUAAAGGUGGUGAUGUAGGGUUUCUUCUUUCACCUCACUGCUCCUUCAAACCCUUACCCACUCCCCUUCCCUCUCUAUCCCAUCAUUUGAAAUUCAUUAGAUUAACUUUUUCAAACCCGUCUCUGCUAACAUUGCAGUUAUUUAUCACCCUUAUGGUUCCCAUCUCCUCUUCCUUGACCCCUUUGCUGACUGGCUACCCUACUUCCUCUCCUCUAACAUACCAUCACUAAUUUUCGGGGACUUCAACAUUCCCAUUAACCCACCUUUGACCUCAGAAGCCUCUAAACUACUUUCAAUUACUUCCUCCCUUAGGCUAUCACAGUGGGCUAAUUCUCCCACCCAUGUAGCUGGCAAUACCCUCAACGUCAUUUUCUCUUAUACAUGUACAGUAUCUGAAAUAUCUGCAACACUCUAUUUCCUCUCUCUGAUCACCACCUCUUAUCGUUUGCUCUCAAGUACCCCCUCACCCAACAACCUCAGCCUAACGCCCCUCAACUCAGGAUGAACCUUAAUUCUAUUGACCUCCAGCAGCUAUCAGCUGAUAUUGAUUCACAACUGCUAUCCAUCCCUUCUCUCUCCUGUCCCUCGGUGUCCACCUCCACAGAUAACACUACGCUCACCUUUGCCUUGAACGCUGCAACCCCUCUCCAAACAUGCACCUCGAGGAGGACACGCCCCCAACCGUGGCAUACUAUAUCAACAUGCUACCUGCAAAGAUGCUCCCAUUGUGCUGAACGCUCCUGGAGGAAGUCUAGCACCCAGACAGUCUAUCUCCAUUACAGAUUCAUAUUGUGUACAUACAGCGCAGCCCUUGCCCUCGCCGAACAGUCAUACUUUUCCUAUCUCAUUAGUUCAUGCUCCCACAAUCUCAGGUGUCUUAUUGACACCUUUAAUUCUCUUCUUCGCCCUGCUGUGGCCACCCCCCAAACUAACCUUACAGCGAUAGUUUUGCAUGUUACUUUACCGACAAGAUUGAACAGCUAAGGAAAGAAUUCUCCCCACCUUGCUGUUCUCUUUCUCAACCACACGUUGAUCAUGCCUUUCCUACCCUUCACACUUUCUCCCCAGCUACUGAACAAGAGGUGGCUGCUGUUCUCCUUUCCUCUUGGCCCCCCACUUGCCCGUUCGAUCCUGUCCCAUCUCACCUUAUCAGAUCUCUCUCCCCCUGUCUUGUGCCUUCCUUAACACACAUCUUCAAAUGCUCUCUCUUCUGGAGUUGUCCCUGCUGACCUUAAACAUGCCACUGUAGUACCUAUCCUGAAAAACCCAUCCUUGACCCGUCCUCUCCCUCUUACUAUCGUCCCAUAUCCCUGUUCCCCUUUUCCUCAAAGCUUCUGUAAAGACUUGUCUUUACCAGUAUGUCUCACUUCCUCAAUACUAACUCUCUCCUUGACUAUCUUCAAGUUUGCUUCCGCCAUCUCCACUCUACUGAGACUGCUUUUAUCAAAGUUACUAACGACCUAAUCGCAGCUAAAUCCAAAGGCCAGUACUCCAUACUAAUUCUUCUUGACCUCUCUGCAGCCUUCGACACCGUUGCUCAUGCUCUCAUUCUUCAAACUCUUCAAUCAUUUGGUCUCAGUGAUUCUGUCCUCUAGUGGUUUUCCUCUUAUCUCUCCCAACACUCAUUCAGUGUCUACUUUUCUAAUGAUACCUCUUCCCCUCGUCCUGUCUCAGUUGUGGUCCCCCAAGGCUCUGUCUUUGGUCCCCUUCUAUUUUCUAUUUAUACUGCCUCUCUUGGCAAACUUAAUUCCUCAUUUGGAUUCCACUACCACCUGUACGCUGAUAACACCCAGAUAUAUCUCUCCUCUCCGGACCUCUCCCCUGCUGUCCUGUAACGUGUCACUGCUUGCCUUUCUUCCAUCUCUGACUGGAUGUCGUCCCGUUUUCCAAAACUCAAUCUCUCUAAAACUGAGCUCCUUGUCUUUCCUCCUCCUAAUACUGAUCCUCCUCUUUCGCUCUCCCUUCAAGUUAGUGGUAUCCACAUCAGUCCAUCUUUGCAAGCACACUGUCUUUGCAUCAUACUUGAUUCUGGCCUCACCUUUGAGCCUCUCAUCCAGUAUGUUGCCAAGUCCUUUAGAUUUCAUCUUAAAAACAUAGCCUGUGUCCGCCCCUUUCUUACGCAAGAUGCUACUAAGGAGCUUGUCCAUGUAAUUUCCCGCAUGGAUUAUUGUAACCCUCUCCUAAUUGGUCUUCACAAAAGCCUCACUGGCCCCGCUACAGUCUGUAAUGCUGCUGUCAGACUGAUUUUCCUCUCUAGUCGGUCUUCUCACACCUCACCCCUCUGUCAGUCCUUACAUUGGUUUCCUGUAUCCUAUAGGAGUCAAUUCAAAUUAUAGCCCCUGUUAUAUAUUUUCACAGAUCCAAAAUACCCUUCUCGGUCUCUCCGCUCUGCCCGUGACCUUCUCCUGUCUGCUGCUCUCUCCAACUCACGCUUGCAGGACUUCUCCCGGGCGGCUCCCUUCCUAUGGAAGUCUUCAGUCAUUUAAGAAUGCCUUAAAACCCAUCUCUUUAGGAAAGCUUAUGGCCUCCCAGAGUAACCUCUACAUUACAUACCUGUCUCUUGCUCUCUCCAAAAGAGCAGCACUGUACUCUCUCCUCCAGCUCUGCUUAACUCCCACCUUAUUUGAUUGCUAUUUCAAGUCCUAAUGUGUUUUAUACCCCACCUCCUAUAGACUUUAAACUCGUUUGAGCAGGGUCCUCUUCAACCUAUCAUUCCUGUUAGUUUUCUUGUAAUUGUCCUAUUUAUAGUUAAAUCCCCCCUCUCAUAAUAUUGUAAAGCGCUACAGAAUCUGUUGGUGCUAUAUAAAUGGCAAUAAUAAUAAUAAUAAUAUUACCCUGUGUGAUUACAUUUAACUAUACAUGGAGCACAAUUAACAACUCAACUACUGGAACAACACUGGCAUUUGGUACAACUCCUCAGCAACUUCGUUCCAUCAAAUUCCUCUUCCAUCUUCUAUGUAAUAAAACGAGUUGAAAAAUAAUAAAGGCUCACAUCUAAAGGGUUUGUAAAGAAUUACAAAUGGUAUUAUUGUUUAAUAUCAGUGUAAGAAAUUGCUAUUAUGGAAUGAUUUAUGAUAAUUCACAGGAAGUUUGUGUGUGCACAGGUGACAUACUAUUAUGUAUGUGAAUGCAAAUAAAGCUUUAAAUAAACAUAUAUUUAAAAAUAAAAAUAAAUAGAAGGUAUCACCUGGGACUCAAUGGGUGUUGGUUAAAUUUGCACUGAUACAAGUUGGCCCCUGAAUAGCAGUAUGUAAAACUAACUCCAGUAGGUUGCCUAAUGUAUUUUUAUUAUUUUUAAUAUUAUUAUUAUUAUUGCUGAUAUUAGUAUUUGUAAAGCUCCAAAAUAUUCUGCUAUACAAUCUGGGGAAAUAAAUAGUACAGUAUAGACAAAUCAAUGCAAUCUGUGUGACCUGAGAUCUAGCAUUUACUUUAAUUGGCUCAAGAGCUUACAAUCUAAACUCCAGUGGCAUUGCAUUUUCUUUCAGGGCCUGUCACCGAGCAGCUUUUCAGUCAUCGCAGAAAAUGUUAAUUGUUACGGUGGAAUAAUCUGCAGGAAGACAUUAUCGAUCAGUGUGGGAAAGUCUGUAAUUAUAUUUGAUGAUGAAACAGGAAAUCCGGUAUGAUGUCACCGAUAGAUCUUGGUUUUUUAAUAGGUUUAUUUCUUGUCAAAUAUAAACAUUUAAUAUUUUUUCUACGAAAGAAGCAUAUCGGCAUACUAUAAUGCGAUUAGUUUUGUAUUCUGUCAAGCAGGGCUUCAAAGUACUUCCCGGCAGAAUAUCGAAUUCAUGUAAAAUGAAUUAAGUAAUCAUUGCAGCUCCUUAGAAAUCUUACUAAUUGAUUUUGUGCAGGCUAAGAUUUUUGGGAUAUGUAGUUCACAAGAAUCUUCCGUGCCUAGGUUAGCCAUUACAUUAUUAGUUUGUUAUUCUUGCUUUUUAUAUAUAUAUAUAUAUAUAUAUAUAUAUAUAUUUUUAUUUAUUUUUUUUAGUUUACAUGUAAGUAGUACCAGUAUAAGAGUGCAUAUUCCUACAGCUAUCAGAUUAUACUCCACAGUUAACACACAGUAUUUAAAACUUACGUUAACCCUUAAAUACGAUACCAAAGUAACCAUCAUUUUAAAAUAAUUGUGGCUUGGUUUAAUAAUCAUUAAAAUGUCUAAUUCAUAAAUUAUUUUCACACUAUAUUGUUUUCUUGUUUAAUUUUGUGAAUUUUGUUGACUGUCUGAUUUUUAACAGAGCCCAAUGAGUGUCAUAGAUGAAAGGCAAUCUUUACAUGUAUGGCAAGCCGGCCUUUUUACAUUUAUCCACUUCCCUUCUGAGCGUAUUACUCUGCUAUGGGACCAGAGAACCACAAUUCAUAUACAAGUGGGGCCAAAAUGGCAGGUAAGUUAUUUGGCUAGGAGUGGGGGUGCAUCACAUCUUUAAUUACUAUUUUAGCGUUACCAGUUCUGCAAACAUGCCUUCCAAUCUCCUUAGAAUUUUUUUAUUUUACUUCGUCACAAAACACUUUUCCCCUUUUCACUCACCCAUUUAUCCACUUCAGUUCUGAUAUGCACUUUCUGAAGAGCGAUCAUUAUAUGUAUAAUGCAUAGUGUCCAAUAGGUGGGCAAUUAUGAGUAAACCCCAGGUAUGAAUGGAUCCAGAUACUCUGUAGAUCUACUUUUUUUUAUAUUUUUCUUCCGAGGAAGUGGGGGAAAAUAUUUUCCUCUGUCGCCAAUCUGGGCGACGAGAUUGCAGGAUUUUAUUUUAUCUAACUUGCACAUUAUUUGUAGAAAGUUAUGUGUUUUGACAAUGUAAUGCACUGAUAACAUCUAUCUUUUUAAAGGGUCAGUUAAAUGGACUUUGUGGUAAUUUUGAUCUGAAAACUGUAAAUGAAAUGAGGACUCCAGAUAAUUUUGAUUUAAUGAACUCUCAGGAAUUUGGCAACAGUUGGGCAGCCGAGGAGGUAAAAAUUAUAAUAAAUGUGUUGUUUUUUUAUACUUCCAUUGUACAUAAAGUAUAAUAUUGGCUAUUUACAAAUAAUAAUAAUAGUAACAGUAGGCACCGUGUUUAGUUUUAGAAUCGCAAGGUGCAUCACCAAUCAUUAAACUACACAAAUAUAACUUUGUUAAUGAUUGCUCACCUUGUACAGUCAAUAGGACUCCACACGUAAAACAGUGUUUAUGAAUCCUGAAGAAUUCAUUGUCAGUGCAAUAAAGUUACGUUUGGUAAAUACCCAAGUUGGACAUUUUUUUAAUAUUCAUGUGAAAGUUAUCUAAUCUAUAGUCUUAUGCACAGCAAAAAAAUGGGAUCGGCUGGACCAUUUUUUCUGAAAAUAGAAUUUUGGCUGAAAGUCAGUUCGGCUCGGCAGAUUUUUGGAAACAAGAUGGUUCAAUAAUAUCGGCAGAUUUUUGAAAUGGGAUGGUUCAGUAAUAUUAUAUUAUGUAUAUAUUUUGCAUUACACUGAUACGAGCAAUUUCACACCAUUUGGUUCUCAGAUCAAGUGAAAUAAAAUAACCAAUAAAGGGAAAAUAGGAGGCGCAUUAAAAAAAUCCAUAUUUGUAUAUUAUAUAUUUAUUGAGUAUAUAAUACAUAUUAUAUAAAUAUAGAUUUAUUGUUACUUCUAAUGUUUCCCCUCUCUUGCUCAGUUCUCACUUAAAUUUGUAAAUAAAAUCAACCUUCAGUAACUGUCCCGUAGCUGUCAAUCAUCUUUUAUUCCCAUCAAUAAUUUCUUUUUUUGGUGCCAUGGGUGGUGUUCGGACUCAAACAUGUUCGGCAUUGUGCAGUUCAGUUAGUCUGUAAAUCAGGUAGAUUUGUACAGAACACUGGUGAGACCUCACUUGGAGUAUUGUACACAGUACUGGAGACCGUAUCUUCAGAAGGAUAUUGAUACCUUAGAGAGGGUUCAGAGAAGGGCUACUAAACUGGUUCAUGGAUUGCGGGAUAAAACUUACCAGGAAAGGUUAAAGGAUCUUAACAUGUAUAGCUUGGAGGAAAGACGAGACAGGGGGGAUAUGAUAGAAACAUUUAAAUAUAUAAAGGGAAUCAACACAGUAAAGGAGGAGACUAUAUUUAAAAGAAGAAAAACUACCACAACAAGAGGACAUAGUCUUAAAUUAGAGGGACAAAGGUUUAAAAAUAAUAUCAGGAAGUAUUACUUUACUGAGAGGGUAGUGGAUGCAUGGAAUAGCCUUCCAGCUGAAGUGGUAGAGGUUAACACAGUAAAGGAGUUUAAGCAUGCGUGGGAUAGGCAUAAGGCUAUCCUAACUAUAAGAUAAGGCUAGGGACUAAAGAAAGUACUUAGAAAAUUGGGCAGACUAGAUGGGCCGAAUGGUUCUUAUCUGCCGUCACAUUCUAUGUUUCUAUAAUUCGGGUGAUCACCCGAUCAGCCCGAAUUUGGCUGAAUUGCUGUAUAGACCAAAAUGAAUCUCAAAAGUCCAAUUAACUUUUCAAGAGUGAGCUUGGAACAAGUUAAGGGAUAGAUAAAUUCCUUAUUUUUGAAGUAAUGUAUCAAUCAAAGAAUGUGCAGAGUAAUUUGUGUAAUUAUCAGAAUUUAUGCUAUCAAUCUAAAAAUGUAUCUAAACCCUGAAACUCAAGAAACAUAUCUGAUUUAAUGAUGUUAUUUUAUGUAUAACUUUAUGUACUAUCAGUGAAAUACUAUUAAUAUUUCCGCAGAGAGCACCACUUGAUUCAUGGGUGGCAUUACUUCAAUUAUAGAAUAUUGAACUGUGUGGCAUAAGUUAUAUAAUGUAAUACAUACAUACUGAAGGCUAGCGGUGCGCUACAAUGAAUCCUUGAUCAGCUACGAGAGGGUUAACAUCUUUAUUAUCCUCAUAACUCUCUUAUUAAGUGCAUCGAUGGCUCUGACAUUAGGAAUCCAUGCAGUUUGAAUCCACUCCGAGAACCUUUUGCCAAGAAGGAGUGCGGAAUCCUCUUGAGUGAUGUGUUUGAAGAUUGCCACCCAGUGGUGAGUUGGAAGAAUGCAUAUUUUUAUCUUGGGAUUUUUUAUAACACAUCUUUUUUUCAGUAAUGUGAUGUUCAAUAUGUGCAAGUGAGCUGAUGUUUGUACAGCUUAUUUAUGACUAACUGAAUGGCUUAUUGUAUGGCUUAUUGUGUAGUUAAUUGUUAAGCUAAUUUAACAGCUUAUUGUAUGGCAUAUUGCACGUUUGUAGCCAAGGGAUGUGCACUAAUGUGCUUGCUACUAAUAAAUCCAAAAAUGUGGAAAUCGCAUGACCUUUUUUAUCCACCUCUGUUUAUUCAAGGAGGACGUAAGCUUAUUGUUUCUUCCCAAUAUUUGAAAAAAUGGAACAUUGGUAUUUUCUAAAAAAGGAUUCCAUGACUGUCAAAUUGAUACAUGAUUUAAAAAAAGGCAAACAUCUCACCAAUGUUGAUAUUUGUGUGAGGUUUGUAGGAAAAUCCAUAAAAUUUGACAUUGGCGGGUGGCCAAUCCCAAUGAAACGGUGUACUUUAAAUAUUAAUAAAAUAAUCAGCCUCAUAUUAUAUUAUUAAAUAUUAUGUUCUUAAAAUUAAAUUAAAAUCUUAUAAAGAAGGAUUUAUUUUGCAUAAGGGUAAUUCUUUUUGAGGUUAUUUACAAAUAAAUUAUUUGUGUUUUUUUUUUUUGUAUUUUAUUUUGAAAAAGGAUUAAAAGAAUAACAUAUAAAGAAUAUAGUUUAACACUGGUCUGCCUUUGAAUUUAUUCAGACGAAUGCUUGUUUGAUGGAAAUAACAAUCCAACUAUCGAAAACAUAUACAUAUUUGAUUAUUAUACUUUAGGUGGACGUAACCUGGUUUUACUCAAACUGUCUCUCAGACACCUGUGGUUGCAACCGAGGUGGCGACUGUGAGUGUUUCUGUACAAGUGUUUCGGCGUAUGCUCAUCAGUGCUGUCAGCAUGGAAUUACUAUAGACUGGAGAUCGCCAAGAGUCUGCCGUGAGUAUCCAAACUGUAAAAUGGUCUUAAUAUGUAAUUUAAUAUAGAGCCAUUAAGCGACUUUCCAACAUGAGAAUCUCCCCUCUUGCCAGCUGAAAAGUUAAGAUGUAAUUUUAUUUCAUUAUUAAUGUUCUGAUUUCUGUCAUCCUCAUCAUCAAAUUGUUUCUAGUUAAUUAGGGUCUCAAUUUAAUAUUUUUGGAUAAGCUUUUGAAAUGAUUUAUUAUUUUUAGACAAUAUAAUAUUUUUUAAUAAUUUUAAUAAUUUAAUAUGCUUGUUUUUUUAUAUAUGAUGUAUUUUUAAUAUUUGGAAAUACAAAUUCAUAAUUCAUUAAAUCAUUUGAAAAGCUAAUCCAAAAAUAUUAAACUAAGGCCUAUGUUGCUAAUUUUAAUAAAUAGAUUAAUUUAUUAAUUAUGUAUAUUAUAGCCCUCUUUGUUUUUAUUAGGAUAGGAAAUGUCACAUAUUUUCAUGUUUUAUCUACAUUUUAUCUAUCUUUCGGAACUCAGACUAACUUGAUUAUGAAUAAACACAUUCUCUCUUUCUCUCACUAAUUGGAUUGUGUAUCUAUUAAUUAGUCUAGUAUUAUCACAUUUAUCUAUUUUUGGAAUAAACUUGUGUCUGGAAUAAACGUGACCUGUUAUGAAUAAAUUAACUCAGUAAUCUGAUACACGUUCUUUCUCUAAAAUAUGUAUUUCACAACACACAAAAAACCCUCUGUACAUUUUUUUUAGUUAUAAUACUAUUAUAGUAAUAUUAUUGAAUAUGUUAAUAAGAUUCAAAUUUGAGCUCAUUAUUGAUUUGUCUUCUCCAUUUUAGCAUAUGACUGUGAAUACUUUAAUAAAGGUAAGUGUUUUACAAAUAAGUGUCGUUUUUGCUAAGACUGUUCAGAUAAAUGUAUUUUCUUAAAUGUCUCACAUUUCCUAAACUUGCUGGUAUUAACUGAGAUCUGUCCCUCCCUCUGAUACUGCUACCCUUGCCUCAUUAUCCUUUGUUAGUCUCCAAUUAACUCACAUCCCAAGACAAUCUGAAAAUAAAGGUAGAGGGGCAGAGUUUUUGCUUCCCCCCCCCCGGUGCUCUGUCCACCAGAGGCAUACUAAUGCAGAAGGUGGGGUACUACCUACUUACCGGCACACUUAUCACAGGGUUUAUCAGUGUGACGGGUGCACUAUACUUCAUGUCAGAAGCUACUGUAUAAUGUUCUUCUGCUACCAUUUUAUACUGAGGUUAGUACUUGGAGGACUUUUUGCUGACAUACCACAGAAAGCUACUUAUUUAGCAAGGGCCUAAUAAUACAAUAUGAUAGUCCCAUUUCUAAUGACCCAAGGAUUUAGCUAUUGCUAUCCCACGCUAACCUGCCUAGUUUUACCUGAGACAUACCUGCUGUGACAUUACUUGCUUUUAAACCAAUGUACCUUUACAUUCACAUCUAGGCUCUUUGAAGCUACUUUAAAGACGGACACACCAUUAUCUCACUACCUCAGAUACCGUAUUAUGGUUAUGCCAUAGAUUGCUACCUGUUCUGUACCCCCUUUUUUGAAACUACAAUGGUAUAUUACCUGGCUACCUAUGAUAUACACAACUAGCUGUUCAAUUCUUUCACGGGUCACAUGUCACUUCUUUGCUUGUCUAUUUAGCUCAUUGGGGGCAGCUACUACCUCAACAUUACGCAUUUCCAGGUAUUUUUUAAUGUCACUUGUUAUUUUUAAUAAUUCACUUCAGCACACCGAGCUUACACCAAUAUAUUCGUCCAAUUUAGCACGUAGUUUAAUCACAUUAGGCACUCUUACACUUUGAAAUUACCUUAGGGACAGAUAUGUCGACAACUCACUAUUUCAGUCACCAUAUUAUUGUUAUGACAUUGAUUGCUACUUGUUAUGUAACCGCCUGGUUUACAAUGCAGUGGUAUGUAAACUCACUACCGCCGAUGUAAACAAGUAGUUAUUUCUUACUGCCUAUCUUCAGGUGUCUGGUGUGGUUUCACCACUUGUUUACUUAGCCCUCCGAGGCUCUGUUGACGUAUUACUUUCUCAAUAAAAAUCUAUUCAAAACAAAAUUCCCUUAGACUUUUAAUUGUGAUUUCUGUAGAUAAAUAAUUUGGAAGUGUUUCCUACAAUAAUUUUAAAGCUUAUUAAAUUAAGGUCCAUAUUUGCUCUUGAUAAAAUCAGUAUCAACAUGACUAGUGGAAGGCUACAAUGAACCUUUAUGCUAGCCAUAAAAAAAGAUAUACAAACAAAUGAUAAAAUAAAUACAGUAAAAAAAAGUCCUUUGGCGCUCCUUCCAACUUCUGAACGCAGAAGUCAGAAGGAGUGCCAAAGGACUUUUUUACUUUAUUGAUUUUAUAAUUUGUUUUUAACUUAAUAUCUCUUAAUAAAUUUGCAUUUUCAUACCUACAAAUUAUCUUGUGGAUUUACAACCAUCAUCUGCUCCUACGUCAAAGAAGGGUUGUUUCCACCUCCUUUGGCCCAUAUGCCUUAUCACCUAGAGCCAGGUCUUAAAGGCUCCAGCAGCUACUGCUGCUGUUUUUAUUUCCUCCCGAUUGGAGGACAGAAGGGGGAUUAUGUCACCAGAUUACACACCUACCUGUGAGGUCCGAUCCUAUCCACAAUAGGCUCAGCUCGGUGUGAGUGUAUCUAUUAUAUUUUAAAUACACUCUGUUCACAUAUAUUACACUACAUAUAGUUUUUAUUUUAUGGAGCACUUUAGCAUCAUACAUCCCUUUAUAGUCAUAUAUAUAUAUAUACACACAUAAAAGGGUAAGUGAUUUUUGUAUUGCUCCACUGUAUUCACUGGUGCUGGCUUUUGACACUCAGUUAUUUAAAAAAAAAUACAAAAAAAUUGUGAAUAAGAUUUGUAUUGGUUGUUAAACAAAGGAUUAAGUGUAGCACCAUUGGACAUGCAGGUCCAAGUCAACAAACAUUUCUAUGUCACGCAGGACCAUUAAAAUGAAAACGAAUCGAGAGACGUAGAUCCCUCCCAAUAUAUCAGGUCAUUUCCAGCAAAACACAAUAUUAAUAUGAAACUAGGGGGCUGCACUCACCUGAACAUGCAUAAAUGGGGUGCUGCUGGAGGCCAAUUCAUACAAUACACAAAAUCUAGUGCACUCACCUAUCCACUAAACAGCAACUUUAAUGUUGACAGAAUUCAUUCUCAUUCUAAUAUUUAAAGUUUCAAGUCAUUGAACUUUAAAAACAUUCACAUAUAUAAAACAAUUUAUUUAUAUGGGUGCCUACUCACUCACUAGCAGGCACACACACACACACAUACAAGCUCACUCACUAGCACACACAUACAAGCUCACUCGCUAGCAGCCACACACACAAGCUCACUCACUAGCAGGCAAACACACACACACACACGACCACUCACUGGCAGACACACACACACACACACACAAGCUCACUCACUAGUAUACACACACAAAAAAAGCUCACUCACUAGCAGGCACACACACAUACACAAGCUCACUCACUCGCAGGCACACACACACACAUACACACACAAAGCUCACUCACUUGCAGGCACACACACACACAAGACCACUCACUAGCAGACACACACAAGCUCACUCACUAGCAGACAUACACAAAACAAGCGCUCACUCACUAGCAGACACACACACAUGCUCACUCACUAGCAGACACACACACACACACACACAAGCUCACUCACUAGGCACAAACACACAGUCAUUGCUGAAGCUUACCUGGCACUGGUAGGUGAAGUUGCCAUUUUGUGCCCUCUUCCUUUCAGAGAGGUCAGCAACAUGUGUGCGAGGGUGGAGCUUCUGUCCAGGAGGCAGAGCUUCCCUCUAGGAGGCGAGGCUUACAUGCGCGGGCCGGACAUGUGGAUAGAACUGAUGUCAAUUGUGCAGGGAGACUGACAUGUUCUCCCUGCAGCCGCCAGCAGCCUGAUUGCAACCGCACCAGCCCCAAGCUCCUCCCGCUUUACUACUGUUGGACUGACACAGGCUGGCACAGUCUGAGGGGAAAAUACUUAAAAUUCAUUAGCCUAAUCAUUUGGGCUGUCUGCAUGGCCCCAGGUUCCUGUGGCCCACAGGGAAAUUUCCCGGUAUCCCGGUCAGCCAGUCCGGCCCUGCCCCUAUUCCCUUCCCGGUCCCAUCCUAAGAGGGCUUAAGGUCACUCAGUUAGUUAAUUAACUUUUGCGUAAUAGUAUGUCAAGUUGGAGAGGUAUUUAUGCUUGUGUGGGAGCUGCUGGUUUAUGUUUAUUUUAUUUUAUUUAAAGGGACACUGUAGUCACCUGAAUAACUUUAGCUUAAUGAAGCAGUUUUGGUGUAUAGAACAUGCCCCUGCAGCCUCACUGCUCAAUCCUCUGCCAUUUAGGAGUUAAAUCCCUUUGUUUAUGAACCCUAGUCACACCUCCCUGCAUGUGACUUGCACAGCCUUCCAUAAACACUUCCUGUAAAGAGAGCCCUAUUUAGGCUUUCUUUAUUGCAAGUUUUGUUUAAUUAAGAUUUUCUUAUCCCCUGCUAUGUUAAUAGCUUGCUAGACCCUGCAAGAGCCUCCUGUAUGUGAUUAAAGUUCAAUUUAGAGAUUGAGAUACAAUUAUUUAAGGUAAAUUACAUCUGUUUGAAAGUGAAACCAGUUUUUUUUCAUGCAGGCUCUGUCAAUCAUAGCCAGGGGAGGUGUGGCUAGGGCUGCAUAAACAGAAACAAAGUGAUUUAACUCCUAAAUGACAGUGAAUUGAGCAGUGAAAUUUAGCUAAAGUAAGUUAGGUGACUAUAGUGUUCCUUUAAGCGCCUUUUUGCAAAGAGUACUUGUUUUUUAGGUUUAAUCGUCAGUCUGCAGUAAAAUGGUGGUUUUAUAAAUACAAAUUCUAUAAACAUAUUAUUACUAAAAAAAAAUCUUCCCAGUAAUGAACAAAAACAAAUGACUGAACACACAAUCAAAAGAGAAGUUUAACAGUCAGCAAAAUAAUUCAACAAUAGGCAAGAUCAGCAAAGAAUGCUCUAUUGGAAUUUCUGUAGAAUUUAAAACUAGCAGUUACAAAUUGGCAUAAAUGUAAAUGUUUGCAAAAUGCUGACCCUUUAAAUCAAACCAUUUAAUUCAGCUUUUUCCAGUUUAAUUGCUCUACAGAUAACGAGAGUCGUUGAUAGGUCCAGCUGUGUUUUCCAUCACUUUUCUCAUUAAAUAAGCAUGCAGCUGUCAUACUGACAUGCCAUAAAUAUAAUCUGACAAAGGGGUGAUUUAAAAUCCAUGCAAUUACAUCACAAUUAGCAACUUCACAUAUGUAUAAAGUUAUGAAACUUCAGCUGGUAACUUUAGAACACAUUCGAUUGUGCUAAUAUUUGUAAUUUUAUUUUUAAUUUCCUAAUUUUUAUUUUAGAUUUUUUCAUAGUUUGUAUAUAUUUUAUUAUAUAAUAUUUUAAAAUUUGAGUUAAUAUUUUGGUGUAAUUUUUUUUAAUAUAUAACAGUCAUCGAGCUCUCAUUUCCUGGUUCUCGUUAUUACAUAAUGGCAAAAAGCAUGAAGUUUGUUUCUACUUCCUGUCCAUUUACAAUCACUUCUGAUUUUUAUAACUUUUAUACUAACUACUAGACUUGUGCAUUUGGGUUCAAACAGAUUGUAAUUCAUCCGAAUUUUGGACAGUUGACGAUAUAUAUUUAAUAAAUAUAUUAUAUAUAAAUAUAGGUCACUAUUAGUGAUGUCCCGAACGGUUCGCCGAACGGUUCGUCACGGAUGGCGAACAUAUGCGCUGUUCGGUCCGCCCCCUAUUCGUCAUCAUUGAGUAAACUUUGACACUGUACCUCACAGUCAGCAGACACAUUCCAGCCAAUCAGCAGCAAACCCUCUCUCCCAGACCCUCCCAUCUCCUGGACAGCUCACUAAGAAUGCAGCUUCACAAUGAAUGUAAAAUGGAUGCUGUCCAGGAGGUGGGAGGGUCUGCUGCUGAUUGGCUGGAAUGUGUCUGCUGACUGUGAGGUACAGGGUCAAAGUUUACUCAAUGAUGACAUAGGGGGCGGACCGAACAGCGCAUAUGUUCACCGUCCAUGGCGAAUCGUUCGGCGAACCGUUUGGGACAUCACUAGUCACUACAUAUGGUCACUUCUUGCUUGAUCUGUGAACAAAAGUGAGAAAAAUGCACAUAUCAAUGUGUUGCAAAAUAUACCAGUACAUAACAUUUUUUAUAUUUUAUAAUGUUUAUAUUAUGUAUACAUUUUGCAUUACACUGAUUGGCCCGAUUUAGAUCCCUUUUGGUUUGUCUGAAUCGUUUUUCUCCCGAAACGAUUGCAUGGAUGACAUUGGUCGGAAUUAAAAUGCCAUAUGGAUUAAUGCUGACCCGACAGACAUAAAAUUGUUUUACGGAUGCUUCAAUUCAGCCAAAGCAAAGUGUCAGAGUUGCUAAUUUGCAAACUUUUUUAUGGAUAAUUUUAAAUGCAUUGGCAUGUUUUCUGUUCAGUUUAAAGAACUCAUAUUCCCUUUAAGAUCAACAUCUGCUGUAAUUAUUCCCCUAUACCUAGUGAGAUAGUUUACUGGGUUAAAGGAACACUAUAGCGUUAGGAUAUAAAUAUGUAUUCCUAAUGCUAUAGAGCCCUCGUCACCGUUUAGGUGACGAGGGCUCAGUUUCGCAGCGAAUAAAUGGUUAAUUAACCAUUUAUUUGCUUACCUCCCUCGGCACUGGUGACCUCUCCUCCUCUAUCGACGUCUACUUCUGAGUGGAGCAGAAUGUGCAUGCGCGGUCAGAGGUAUGUGCGCAUUCAAAUACACCCAUAGGAAAGCAUUACUCAAUUCUUUCCUAUGGGGAUCUUUUUUGACAUAGGACUCCGUGAGGAAGCGCCUCUGGUGGCAAUCAGGGAGACAGCCACUAGAGGCUGGAUUAACCCUGCAGUGUAAACAUAGCAGUUUCUCUGAAACUGCAAUGUUUUCAGCUGCUGGGUUAAAACUAGGGGGACCUGGCACCCAGACCACCUCAUUGAGCUAAAGUGGUCUGGGUGCCUAUCGUGGUUCUUUAACAAAAUAACAGGUUUAUUUAGUAAAAAGUGAAAAUUAUCAAGAAUUCAAAGUGAAUUCAAAUUUUAGGUGAAAAUUGCUGAAUUGGAAGUAUAGCGGACUUGUAAUUUAUUUCCAGUUAGACUGUUUUGGUCUUAAAGGGACACUCCACUGCACUAAUAAAAAUAAACUAAAUAAAAGUUGCUGUUUAGGAAAUAUACCCCUAUGAAAACACCCAUUUCAUUAUGUAUUUUUCAGUGGCGAUAUAUCAAAAAGCAGCGCUAAAGCUGGAGAUCUCUUGUCUCCAGACUUCGUAAACCCUCCCCUACUAACUCCACCCAGACUUUCUGUGACUGUCCAAUCAAAGACAUCCCAAUGCAACUUAAUGAGUAGUCUUUGCAAGGCCGGUGCCCUGGCCAAUUGCUGUCUCCUGAGUUUAGCUAACGAAACCAGGAAGUAACAGGACAAGUUAUCUGAUUGACAGUUAGGGAGUGCAACAAGGUAAAAGUUUUAGUUAUAAGUAUCCAAUUUAACAUUUUACAUUCUGAACUCCAUUUAACCUUUUUAACUUUUUAUUAAUGGGACACUCCAGACCCCUCAAACACUUUAGCUUGCUGAAGUGCUUUAUGUGUGAAGUGUGCGUCCUCUUUUAUUAUUUUACAAAAAGUGCAGUUUUCAAUAAAAAUCUGUUAACCUUGGUACACCCGUUAGCUGCGAAUCAGAAUGUCUGGUCUACAGACAAGAGAUUUGCAGCUUUUGCAAGCUGUUUUUUUUUUUUUAUGAACAUCAAUAAAAAAGGUAUAAUUAAAUACAUACAUGGUAUAUCUAUUAAACUGUGAUUUUUCUUGUUUUUGUAUUUAAGCAAUAAAGUGUUCCAUUAAUAUAUAAAAGUGCAAAUCGAAAUCUGCACGUUUGUAAAAUAAAAAACACUCACAUCAGAAAGCUAAAGUGCUUUAGGGGUCUAGAGUCUCCCUUAAAGUUUGAAAUUCACUUUCAGUUCCUCAUAGUUCUCAAUUUAGUGAAUAACCCUGAAGCUGUAGAAAUUAUUCAAACCUCUGGAUCACAAGUUAUACACUUUUAGCUCCGUCUAUAGUCCAACACACACACUCACAUGUAUGUAUAAUGAGAAAAAAAAUGUAUAUGAAAAUUAAACAUUUUAACAUUUUUAAAAGUACUUACAAUUUAUAUUAAUAAUUAUAUUUAUGUGCAAAAACUGCCAAAAUACAUUAUUUUAAGCUUUAUUAAUAAAUUUCGAUCACAUGUGAACAUUUUGUUAUCUAAAUAAUUAUCUAAAUAAUAUAUCCUAUAAAAUUGAUACAAUAACAGUAAGAAUAGAUUCCGAAACUCUCUUUCCAUUCCAUUAACAUUUUGGUUAUUAAAUUAUUCAUCUGUGUUUACAUGUAUUUCUUAAAGAUGCCUCUGGGGGGCAGUAAAGGUUCAUAUUCAUCAGUGCAAGCAUCUGGCCUGCUCGUGAAUUUAAUUUAUAAUAACAAUAAGGAUAAUGUUGAUCUAUAUUUUUACAAGAAAACAAAUUAAUACUGCUAACUCUGUAUACCCUGGUGUAUAUGGACAAGUGACAAGAGAAUUGCACAUUUCAACUUCUACACUGUGAGGAAUCAGGUCAACGUGAUGGAAUUAGAAAUUUCUCAUAAUUCAACCAUUUUUACAGCUUAAGUGUUUCAGGUGAACAUUUAUUCGUAAUUCACUUGAACUUUCUUCGCAAUCCCAGGUUUAAUGAUGAAAAACAAACUCACUUUCUGUAUUCAGGGGUGAGGCAAGGGUCAGGGAAUCCUGGGUGCAGGAUAUUUUGGAGUGCCUACUUUGGUCGUGGCUGUUGCUCCCCCUCUCCACUCACUAUUUUCUGUGUCCUCAUAUUUCUCACUAAAGGUCAGCUAAACACUAUGGAAAUUAAUAUUUACUAACAUCUAGAGAAGUCUUGUUUCUACUUCGUCUAAAUCAGUAAAAACGCAAAUCAAAUUUAAUACACAGACAGCUGCAUUUUUGUAAUUUUUUUUUUUCAUCGUAUCCUUGCUGAUGUUUGUGGACUAUAUUUUUCAUAACGCUGCUCAACUAGCCUAAGUGCUGGCACUGCAUUAUGGGAGUGAAGUCCUUAAAAAAAAUGUAGUGCCAUAGCCACCACAUUCCUGUCCCUUUUUUGCAAGUGACAGCAUAUGCAUGUGUGACAUGUGAUGGAAUUAUCAGUUAUGUGACUAGGAGCCUGCAAACUUGUUUUUGGUUCAUUUGGAGUUAUGUGAGAGGGAUGUGCCAUGUAACCUAGGUGGGGUCUGUAACAUUGUGUAAAUAAGUGGAGGGUGAGUGGUGGCUAAGGUUUGUGACAAAGUCAGGCAGUAUAAAUGAGUGGGAGGUGAAUUGGGGCCUGCCAAAGGAUCUUUGUUUGCAUAUAAUUGAAAUGUGAUAGUUGUGUUCUAGGACAGUGGAUUCAAACCCAGUUCUCCAGUACCCCCUACCAGUCCCGGAUACAGUUAUUACCCAGUUGUGUCUAAGGUGUUUUUAGAAGAAGAAGAAGAAGAAAAAAACACAACAGGGUAAUCCCUAAAUCCUGGACCGGUAGGGGGUACUUGAGAACUGGAUUGGAAACCACUGUUCUAGGAGGCCAGGAAGGCGAUGAGGAGUAUUUGUCCAACUCAUCUCAACAACAUACCCUCCAUUUCCCCAUGUUAACUUUAACAGUUAUUUCUGGGUGGCUACAGUAGGAGCCUAAUAUCUUGUUUUAAAGUCGUCCAUUGACCAGAGGUGCUAGUUGCAGAGGAUCUGGUACACCUGACCUCGCCUAUUUUUGUGUCACAGCCUUACUCUUACUAUCUAAUCUAUCUAUCUAAUCUAUCUAUCUAAUCUAUCUAUCUAAUCUAUCUGUCUGUCUGAUGCUGAAUGAUCCUAAUUUAUUUACAGUUUUAGGGAAGGGGCCAUAUAAACUGGUCAGUUACUUGGAUCGGAGCCUUGUGUUGGCAGCCCGGAUUUCGGAUGGCCGUGUUUUUCCAGUGAGGGCAGAGUAUCUAAUUCCAGGAGAUACAGUUAGCUUCAUGCUGACUCCGGGGCUGUAUAAACCCAAAGCACAUGGUAAGAUUACUCUUCGCGAAUAGACAGUGCAGAGCCAACUCUGAAUAUUUUAACUGUUUGUGUAGCUCAGAGAUGUUAGAAUGCAAUGUAAUAAGAGAGAAUUUCAAAAGAAUGGCCAAAGGGUGGACAUUUCAGCUAAUGUGUCCACUUUAUAAAAUGUAAAAAUAACAGCAGGCUUCUGCAAUAAGAAAAUAAAUUGAAAUACACUGUUCUGAAGAAAUUUUUAGGACACAGUAUAACCAAAACAGAGUGAGAGGCUUGCUAGCAUAGUCAUUAUUAUAUUUAUAUUGUUUGAUUGAGUGAGAGUGUGGUUCGUCCAGCUUCUGUUUUCAAACAUUCUCCAGGCAUCAUCAAUGGUCCAACAGACGUUCUUUUGGAUCAACAACAUAAAAAGAUGUGUUUUAAAGGCUGAACUCGAUGGACUUUAGCCUAUUUUUGUUUUCAGCCUAGAUUACUUUGUAACUAUGUAACAAAGAAUGAAUAUGUAAUUGUCUGUCCUGCUGCUCUCCUGCUAUUAUUAGUCUCCCAUUAAAAGUGUCAGUCCUACCUGAUUGCAACAGAGAAGACGUUAAAUGAUAUGGAUUAUCAUGAAAAAUGUGAGAAAACUUGCUAAACGACUGCCCCGAAUACAAACAGAGAGCCUGUUCUAAAAUCCACACCAUUGAUCCACUCCUGAUGGACAUUAUUCUAACAAGACAAAUUAUUUUAUCACAGAGCUCCAUAACAGUAAACCUCUCAGUAAUGUUCUAAAUGUAUGAAUGUAUCACAGAGCUCCACAAGAGUAUAACACACAGUAAUGCUCUCUAUGUAUAUAUAUAUAUAUAUACCAAUUAUAAUCAUAGAAACGUACAAUGUGCAUAACUGUUUUACAGAGCACUGAGGAAACUGAACCCACAUUAAAGGGAAACUAUAGUGGCAGGAAAAAAAAAUUCCUGGCACUAUAGCUCUUUAUAGUGCCCCCCACCGUGGUGCUGAAGGGGUUAAAAUCUCCUUCUGUCAUUUACCUUGUUCCAGGGUUGAUGUCCCUCGUCACUGGUUCGGGUUCUGUCUCCGUUUCUCCCCCACCAACGUCAACAGGUUGGGGAGACCUAAUGCGCAUGUGCGGCAAUGGCCGCGCUCGCAUUAGGAUUUCACCCAUAGGAAAGCAUGUAUAAUGCAUAGCAUGAGGACGUCCAGCUUCAGUUAGGUGACCAAAAAUCGCAUAAUGACCCGACACCCACUAGAGGUGGAGUUAACCCCCAGUGGUAAUUAUUGCAGGUUUUAAUAAACCUUUGCAAUAAUAAUUGCAAAAAGAGUAAAUUACCUUUGCAGGGUUAAGGGACCUGGGACCAUGCACCCAUUAGACUUCAAUGAGCUGAAGUGGUCUGGGUGGCUAUAGUGUCCCUUAUGUUAAGGGAGUACAAGGCUAUAAAUGAAACACACACUAAUUCUCUGUGUAUGAUUAUGUUAAUGAAUUCCUCUGUAAUAAACCUCAAAGUAAUGUGUACUGUGUAUGUGUAUAACACAGAGUACCACAGCAGUAAAACACACAGUAAUACUCUCUAUGUGUGAAUGUAUCACAGAGCUUCAUAGCAAUAAAACUCACAGUAAUGUACAGUGUACAUGGGUGUAUCACAGAGAAUUGCAGAAACUGAACUCACAAAGCUAAAAAAGAGACCCACAGUUAAACUCUCUAUGUAUGAGUGUAUCACUAAAUAUGUGUACUGUGUCAGAGUUCCACAUCAGUAUAACUCACACUAAUGUGAAUUGUGUAUUCAUAUAUCACAGAACUCCACAGCAAUAAAACUUGUAGCAGGGUAUGGUGUGUGGAUCACAGAGUUCUAAAUCAAUAAAACUCACAGUAAUGUGCACUGCUUAAGAGUGUAUCACAGAGCUCCAUAACAACAAAGCUGACAGCACUUUUGAAUUCUGUACAUUCUAGUGUUUAGUGAGCACACAUCUAGAAAUUGUCACAGUUACAGAACUACCUUAAUGCCAUUUGUUGAAUGUGUCAUUAUCUGAUAUUUUCCCUUUUUCCCCAGACAGAAACUUGGUGUCCCUGGAGCUGGCGGAACGUCCUAACUAUUUUCUUCAUUUAGGCAAAAAUGGUAGCUUUUUAAUAUCUAAAUGGCAAAAAAAUGAGGAGUUUCACAGUAGAUCCACGUUCAUCGUUCACAAAAAUUCUUGGAUUUCUGGGUACAGCGCCUUUGAAUGUUUCGCCAAACAGGGGUACUUUCUACGCAUUUCAUUUUCAAAUAUUUAUCUGACAAGAUAUCACCACUCUGCAGCAUUCAGACUUUCUUCUCUCUUCAAACUUACAGGUAAACUUAAUUUUUACAAACUCAUAAUUUUAUGUAUUUAUAUUUGUGUGAAGUGCUUUUGCAAAUUUAAAAAUUGGUGGAUAAAUCCUAUAUUUUCAUAUAAGAUAGGAAAUUGAUGUGGAGGAAAACUGUGAUUGAUGCUGCUUCAUGCAGGUACAUGUUGCCUUUGAACACAAAAUAAUUUGCAUCUGCUCAAAGUAAAUUGGAGCAAACUCUACUGUCUGAGAGUUAUUGAGUCAAUCCUCUAUAAUUUAAUUCUUAUACCUAGUUUCUUCAUAGCACUCUUGUCUGAAAUGCUAUUUCUUUUACUGAAAUAUUCUUGUCUCAUUUUUUCCUACUGCUAUGGAAAUGUUUUUUUUUUUAAAUUAGACUCGUGCAUGGUGAAAAAAAAAUUGGUUAGUCCAAACGAUUUUGUUUCAUUCGAUUUGAGCUUUGUCCAUGUGACGUUUCGGUACUGACGAAUUUCGUCCAUGCAAUCAGGCAAAUCGAUUCGGAUGAACCAAUAUCGUGCAAACCUUUUUUGCAGUGUCCUCGAAAUAUAAGUAUUGUGCAUAUAUUUAGCAGUACUCUAAUUUGGUUCAUAUAGCAAUUGCAAAGAAGUGACCAAAAUUAUACUUUUACAAAACAUAUAAUAUAAGAAUUUUUCCCCUAUAUUGGUCACUUAUUCUCACUUGAUCUGCGACCAUUCAGUUUUCGGAGUUCGGGCUUUCAGACGAAUUGCUGAUCGCCCCCAAUUUGGACAAAUUGCAAUUUGAUUGAACCCUAAUUCACAAUUCUAUUGUAAAUGCCUUAUAUAAGCAUGUGGCGAAAGUAACCUCGCCACGGGCUCCUGCAGGAGCCUGCUUGACAGUCUCUUGCCCCAGGACUAUGGGCCCUGUAAAAGCCAAAUGAAAAGACUUGGUUCGUGCCAUUCUUCUAUGCUGUUCCGGAACCAUGACCACCCGGGAGCUUGUUAAGCCCUCUCAUCAUCUCUUAACGAUUCUUACCUCAGUGUUCUAACUGUUCGUCUGGGUGGCCACAGUUCGUAUGAAUGACCACGAGGUGGCGGCCAUCUUGUUCCCGCAAACACAGGCAGUGGUGUUUGGGUGUCGAGCUCAUGGAACUCAAAUCGGACACUGAAACUCCCAAACACCUCUAAACUUCCAUCAUCGCCUGCGUUCGUUUCUACAGCACCUGGAAGGGCACUGUCAAGCUUCAUGGUAUGACUAUUGACUAUGUUCGGUAGUUUGUAAAACUACCAAACUUGACUGACCGCUACCACUUUUUCCCUGGAACUGUUUUGGGCAUAGGACCAUGGGUGCCGUCGGUCAAAUUAUGACUUCCAUGAAAAACCCCUGAACACCUGAACCAAUCUGGGUGAUUUUUGGAUAUGUUGGUCACCCAAAUCGGUGCUAUCAGCGGAUGUGGCUUUUGUUGGGUUUUUAUGUGGUUUAGGGGUAUUUUUGGGGUGUUUGUAAAUUGUAUGCUUUUCUGUACCUGGAGAUAAUUGAGUUUGUACAGUUCCUGACUCAAUUAUCUCUCAGGCACAGGGGAGGAGUUUGUGACUACUUCCCAGCGUUAAGCCUUGGCUCAUGUAUGGGUGGGAUUGCUAUACUGCUCUUUGGAUUAGGAUACCUGCUAUAUUCUCUUGGAGGAGAGGUCUUCCCACUUGGAGCUGGAUCUAAGUGUUGGUCCAGGGUGGGAAGGGGUGGUGAUAUCCCAGCCAAGCUGCAGCGGCAAAGGGGGAUACCGUGAUUAUGGUGUCUGCUGUGGUGCUUAUAGUACUUGGCGAGCACUAGGAAGCGUGAUUGGGGGAGGUACUCAGUCAGAGUGCCUGGCAGUCCACCACAAAGCACACCUCCCAAAUGUCCUGGAACUGGCAAAAAACUGCAAAAAAAACCUCUAUAGCAAUAGAGUAGAAAUACAGUGUAGGGCGCAACUCUCACAACCAAAGUCGUGGAUAUAAUUACCAUCUAGAAGAUGAGUAUGUUGAACUCACAUGAAAAUAGAAAGAAAAUAAUAUAGUGCAAAAACUUUAAUAACAAGAGAUAAAAACUAAAUAAAAUGGGACACUCACAAAUGUCGUGGCACCAUUGAGAUUAAUAAAUAUGUGCAAAAGCGUUUUUGCCUCAAAUCGGCUGUUUCUCCAGGUACAGCAGUCUUAAAUGGUGGUAUAGAGCUUCAACGAUCUUUCUUCACUGACCGCCGGUUAGAUGGAACCGUUCUUAUACUUCCAGCCGCUGUAAUCCUUUCGGGGUUCAGAAAAUACUCAACGCGUUUCAUCUUGAUCAGCAGACUUCGUCAGGAAUUCCCAUCCUCCUUACAUCUCAUUACUAAUUCCAACUUUUUUGCUGUGUGGUAG